AUGGCGGCUCCGGUCGGUUCUGUCCGAGUAGUUCCGCCUCCAAGGCUAGAGUACUAUGUAGUGACCGAAAAGCUGGGCCAAGGAACGUACGCAACUGUGUAUAAGGCAUUCAAGAAGGUAACGUUUCUGAAAAUUUAUAGUUAAGAUGCGUGCAAGUUAUUUUUGAAGCUGACGUCACGGCGGCCAUGUUGGUUGAAAGGAACAAAGCUUACUCUUCGAUGGGAACUAGAAUAAUUCUUUUUGAAUGGAAAUGCUGCGGAAAAUAUAUGCAUUGUUUUGCCUACCAGCUUGGCCGCCUUGUAACAUGGUUGGAAUCCAAAGACAGUGGAAAUCCACCGGUUUUUUACAUAAACUGUCAGUAAAUAUAAACAACUGAUCAUUUUUACUUGUGAACUGUGAACAAAACAGUGCUUCAAAAUGUCAUUUUAAAUGAAAUUCAUUUCAAUACAUUUGAAGGUGGGCUUAUGCCGGGGGCUUUAAAUUAUUGGAUGUAUUUUUUUUGUUUACAGGUAGAUUGUUGGCCCAACAUUGUUGGGAGUUUGUUCAACAACUCUCAACAACACGCAAUAACAUCCAACAACAAGGGUGCAAGGGUGUGCAAAUGGAUGCAACAUGUAACAUUUAACAACGUUGGGAGGUGUUGACCAACAAUGUUGCGUCUGUUUGCACAGGGUUUUACAUAAUCUUGUUAUUCACAAAAAUAGCAACAAAAUGUGAAAGAGCUGAUAAAAAAUGACUUCAUUUGUUCUGAUCUUUCUAAAGAGACCUUUGAAGAGCAGAAAGGUCUGAAACAAGUUAGUAUGGUCUUGAAGCUCAUUAUGAGUACAGAUAUCUAUCUACAUAUGUGACCUCUCAUGCGAAAACGUACACUAACGGCUUUCCGUUAAACAGGUGAAACGCACGGCUGUCGAACGGGUAAGAAACGGCCCACGAAGCCAUUUGAAACGGAUGAAACCGAACAGCUGAACAGCUGAUAAUUUAUUCCGAACGGAUUGGUAUGACGGCUGAACGGCUAGCGAAAAAUUUCGAACGGAUGGUAAUCACGUCUGAACGGCUAAAAAAAUUUUCGAACGUUAGACCUGAACGGCUGAGCGGCAGGAGUAAAAUUUCAAACGGAUGGUCCUGAACGGCUGAACGGCUCGUCAAAAACUUCGAACGGAUGGUAAUCAUGGCUGAACGGCUAAAAAAAAUUUCGAACGGUAGACCUGAAUGGCUGAACGGCACGAGUAAAAUUUCGAACGGAUGAUCAUGCACGAGAGAAGGGAUUGUCAUGACUGGCUGCGAAUGGAACUAACGGAUAACCAUUAACUGUAGAACGGCUCAUGUUUUAGCAAUAAUUAUUUAUAUAUUGUUUCAAACGGAUUGUUAAUGACUGGCUGCGAACGGAUCAGACCAAAGAUUAAUGUUUAUUACUUUCGCUAUGCAAACCACUCGCUAAAUGCUUUACUAACAGGCGUCGGUCCGCACUGACAAAAUAAUUGUUAUCGAAUGUCGGUCAUUUUCCGCAGAUUUACCUUUGGACAAGUUGCAGAAAUUCUACAAUAAUUUUGUUAUGGCUGUUUCCAAUUGAACGGGUCAUGAACGGGUGAUUUUUUUCGCCACGCAGAAUAUAAACAAACUUGUUCUAGACAAACAACAAAAAAAAGAGCGAUUAAACGCUUUGAUGCUUUUAAAUAAAAACUUGCUAUGGCCAUCACAAAUGGAAAACGUAAAUAGAAAUAAUGUUAAAAAGUUCAAAUCACGAUGAAUAAAUCGGCAGUGGUAAGUAUUUUUGAAUAUCGAAUUAUGAAUGAAAGUAAAGCUUGCAUCAUAGCAGACCGUUUUGAAACUAAUUAAUUGUUUAGCGUCACGUCGCCAGAGAAAACUUCGAGAUGUCACGCUUGUCGUGAUUCUCACCCGUGCUGGCCAACGAGCAACAAACCGUUGCUUCAUAGAACUAUGCCAUAGUUGUACACUGUUCUUUGCAAAAAAAUCUAAGGCCUUUUAAAAAAUGACGAGAGUUUUGGUUCAUGAAAAAUAAAUCAUCAGAUAGUUGACUGAGUAGAUGUUGGUCACGUGCUAGGCAACGAGUUUUGCAAGUGACUCAAAUUUCAUUCGUGAUCAGAAAGAUCAGAAAGUGUUACUGGUAAAACCCUUUUCUCUUCGUUUGGUAGACUGUUUCCCGUGAUUCUGGCAGCGGGUCAUUAAACGAGUUAAAUCGCCACUUCCUCCAAUAGUUUCUUAGUAGUUUACCUGGGAUCAGAGGAACACGUUUUCGACUCAACAAUUGCAGUGAAACAGUUGUUUACACAAGAAAGUAUUAAUUUUUGUUGCUCUGUCAGGGCGUCUGGAAAAGCGGGAAUCUGGAAUCCGGAAUAGGAACGGGAAUAGGAACAGGAACAGGAACCGGAACCGGAAUAGGAAGCGAAAUGGGAAGAGAAACCUAUAUAAAAGCAGGGACAACAUUUACCUUAAUUUAAGUUUAUCUGGAUUUAAUUCCUAUUCAGAUUAUAUACGAAAAAUAAGGGGAAAAUGAAAUAGGAACCAGAAUAGGAACCGGAAUAGGAAGGGGAAUAUAAACAGUGUAAAGAGAUAUGAAAAGAAAAAGAUAUAAUCGUGAUAUAAAUAAAAAGCCAGAGAAAUAAUUAAAGAAACAAGAAAACACCCUUGAAAUGUUAAUCUAAUUAACCUUUCUUUAUCUUUAGCCUAUGACACAUUGUGUUUUCGUGUCAAACAUAAUAGUGAACUUAAGCAACGAGAACGCUGACCGUCACUUGAUGGAACGCUUCUGUCUCACACAACGAAUCUGAAUUCUUCCUCUUACCUUCCACUGGGCGAAUUUGUUGAGUCAGAGCACCUAAAGACAGAAAACAUCCACUUCCAGUUUCCAUUUUUAAUGUCCCGGACGUCACGGUUGAGGCAGACGAAGUACUGGCUGGGAUGGGUUUUGGUGGGGGGGGAGGGAGAGGAGGUACGUGUUAAUACCCUUUUUAAGCUGUGGACUAUCUAUCUCUGGUUAACUUCCCAAUUUAGCACCGUACAAUAUAUCUAUGGAGCAAACCUGAGGUGUAUGGCAGCCCAAUAAACGUCUCCGAUGGGUGUCUCGUAUACACAUGCUCUGACAAAUAAUAUUAACAUGUGAUAACCACCUUCCUGUGAGAGACAAAAGGAACCUUAAGAUCUGACGACGGCAACGCCAGCGAAAACGCCACUGAGAAAUUGAAUUCGGGUCUUAAUUCAAACUAUUUCUCAUUAAUUCCAAAUUGCCCAGUCUUUUAAAGGUUGGGAAAUGAAGCUGGAGACCGCGUCCAAGCUCAGAAAGACACAAUAAAAUUUAUUGCCUGCCGUUCACGUUCUCAGGAGAACUUAAGAUUUGAUCAUUUACAUCGUAGUUGUGCAUACGCAGUGAAGAAAUUGACAGAAAGUGCGAUGCACUAGCAAAGCUGUUGCUUUACUUAUUUAACUUGCGGCUUUUUCUACCUUCUCGCUACCGUGUUAUAAAGAGAUUCGGGGGGGAGCAUGAUACCAGAGUAGUGUUCUUAUUUUUUGUAUAAAUUGAAUUCGAAUUAAAAUAAUUUAAAGUAAAUGAUAUCCCUGUUCUUGUAUCGGUUCCCCUUCACAUUGCUGUUCCUGUUCCGUUGCUGUUUCCGGUUCCGGUUCUGGUUCCGGUUCCAGUUCCUGUUCCCAUUCCCGUUCCUAUUCCUGAUUCCAGUUUCCGGCUUUUCCAGACGCCCGCUCUGUCAGACUUUUUUCGGUCGGUUCUGAAUUUCACGCUUGGUUCGAGAUCAAUGUUACGUUACGGCAAGAAAGCAACAAAGCACGGCUAGAACAAGAGGCACUGCAUAAGGCCAUCUGAACAGCGUAAAAUUAAUUUUGAUCCAAGGCGUUUGAAUGAACGGUUCCAACUGAUUGAAGUUUUGAACGAGUGGAUAAUUUUUCUGAACGGAUGACCAAGUCGUUCGAACGGAUUCAAAUUUUUCUGAACGGGUGCCACAGCCGUUUGAACGGAUAGACAAUUUUUCUGAAUGGAUGGCACAAGCCGUUCGAACGGAUGGAUGAUUUUUGUGAACGGAUGACCAAACCGCUCGAACGGAUGCAAAUUUUUCCGAACAGGUACACUAGCCGUUCAAAUGGUUGGGCAAUUUUUAUGAACGGAUGACACAGCCGUUCGAACGGCUUGACUUCCUUUUUAAACAGAUCGCCCAAGCCGUUCGAACGGAUGCAAAUUUUUUCUGAACGGAUGAGAAACGGCUUGUGAACGGAUUUCCGUUCGAAAACGGGAAGCCGUUAGUGUACGUUUUCGUGUGAGAGGUCACAUAUGCCUGAAGGGACUGCUCCCUUGGAGCGGGCAGCAAAUAAUGUUAUUAUUGUAUGCUGGUUAUGCAGAUGGACUGGUCAGAUGAAUUCCUAUUCCUUUUCUUCUUUCAGGGUAAUAUGAGAGAUGUGGCUGCAAUUAAAUGUAUUCAAAAACGUUCAUUAAGCAAGUCAGCAACAGAAAAUUUACUCACGGAGAUUGAAUUACUGAAGAAAUUAGAUCAUGAGCAUAUAGUCAAGCUUAAAGACUUUGAAGUAAGUAAAGAAGCAGCUGUUACAAAAACUGUACAAAUUGUAAAUGUUGUUUGUUUCUUAAAAAUACAUUAGUUUUUCCUAUUAGUUAAGAAGAGAUCAUAAUUCCAGAGCUUACACUUUUCAAAGAGAGGUUUAUACUCAGAGAAGAGAUAUCUAUAAGUUAUAGCAGCAUGGAUGGAAUGUUCUGUCUCAAAAUUUGGUUGGCUCUUAAUAUUGGGGGCAGUUUGCAUCAGCAAAUGAACAUAAUAGGAGCAAAAAAUGCUCAUGUCACAUUGCGAGCACAAUUAAAAAAAGAUGUGUAUGGAACACAAAAGAAUCAAAUCAAUCAUUCUAUUUAAGCUCCUUGAUCAGUCUUGUCUGUUGCGAGUGUUUACAUGACAGUGUUGUAAAAAAGUAGACACUACAAGUGUCUGGGUUUUCAUACAGUUCUGUUACAGUGUGGUUCAUUAUUUUUAAUAUUUACAGUAAGGACAAUUUUAUGCAUAAAUGUUGUUCCAGUGUUUUUCUCUAUACAUAUGAUAUUAAAAUGGUUGGUACAUGUACAUUUAAAAUAUUAGGGAGCUGAACCUGUGAUAAUGGUGACAGCAACAAGAGCGGCAAAAAAAGCAUUAGGAUUUUAGCAAAAUAAUAAGUUCUUUGCACAAGCGUCAUUCUUUUUUGUACAUUUUCUGCAUGACUAUGACGUGCAAAUGCCUAAUUUCACAUUUUCUGCGUAACACAAGAAAACAGCUUUCUUUUUCUUUUCCUGAACUUCAAUACAGUCUUAUAGAAUUCAUUUCCAGAAAAAUUUGCCAACAUUUAAAAAAAAAAAAAUUGAAAAAUUUGAGUGAGCACAGUAAAGUUUGAAGCAGCGCAAAUUCACUUGUAAUGACAUUUCCAUAGCCCUCGCCAUUGUUGUUGAUUAAGCUCCCUAUUAUUUACAUAUAACUUCUGCUCUAUUAGCUUUAACCCAUUUACCUCCUUUCCCAGGUGUAUGUAUUACUUUUUUUAUCAACAUUUUGUUGUUACAGGUCUUCUUAUGUCUUUUUUUGUUCCUUUAGUGGAAUGAUGAAUAUAUUUUCCUCAUCAUGGAAUACUGUAGUGGAGGAGACUUGUCAAGGUUUAUUCACAGUAGAAGAGGCUUACCAGAGGCAAUCGCUAGACGAUUCUUACGACAAUUAGGUUAGGCAAUCUGAAUGUGCCUUCAUUCAACAUUGGUGUAAUGUUAUAUAGCUGGAAUAUAACAGUUUCCCCCAACAACACACAUACUCCCUGGCUACUACAAAUAAUUUAUAUGGCAUAUAACAAAAAGGAUUUUCCCACCAAAAUUCUCUGAGUGAACAACAUUGCAAAUCUAUGAGGUUAGAGGGUAAAAGCUACUUUGUAGUGCAAGUGUUACACAUCAAAGUUAUUUGACUGCUACCCAAGGAGCGAGAUUCACCAAAAUCUAGGCACAAGAUACGGGGUUUUGUUUGCGUGUCUGUUGGGAGUUUGAGAAAUCAUCACCACUCAACAAGUAUGUUCCAGCAGCAAAAGGGAGCUGAGUCAAAUAAUUAUGUAAGCAUUCAGCGGUGUCUCAUAUCGGUAUCUGACCACCUCGCCAUCAAACCAUCUUGCCACCAAUCAUUGUUUUGAACUUUGAUGGUUGGGAAACUUUUCUGCCAGUUUUUUAAUCUCUCAAAUGCCAAAGUUUACAUUCUCCAAACCUAUACCUUACUAUUUGCAUUGCCAAGAGCAUAACAUGUUUGAUGAAAGGAUUAGCCUGCAGAGCAGGCGUUUUUUAAUGAAAACUCGGAGGUACAUUGAUCGUGGCUGCCAUCUUGAAAGGCAACGAAAAAGACUAAGUCUACCUCUCCCUUAAAAACACUUUUUGACUCGUCCCAACUCUCUGGUAGUAUUAGGGACCUUAAGAUACCCUGGACGCGGCGGUAAAGAGAACAGAGAAAGCCUUGAGCGAGGACGCCGCCACCUUUGCGGGAAAAACAAAUUAAGAUUGAGUGGGUUGGGUUGAAUGCUCGCCUGACGAGAGAGGAUAAAGUAGUACUUUCGAGUUGUAAUUCCAUGACGUCUUUUAGGAAAACUCACGAAGUCUUGCUUGAUUGAUACCUUAACGAUCUUUUAUUGGAAGAAAAAUUUGUGCUGCCGGCUAUGACUCCAGUUUCUCUAAAAAAAAAAAAACAAAUUUCUUUGAGGGAAACUUGAGGGUAUGAUCGGAGUUCAGGUUAUCAGCUAUUUGUUGCCAGACUUUUUCGCUUUCCGUUGUUCUAGAUCUUGCUUUAAAACGAUAUGGUUCUGUUAUGAGAACUUCCCGUACUAAGGCGAGAUUUUGAUCUUCAGACCGCUCCAUCGCCGAACUGAAAGUGAACAAAAUAAAAUUGUAAAAGUUAAAAAAUGGACCAUGGCGUCUUGCUGAGGAUCUCAAUUUCCUCUGACAUGUUCAAGUUUAUUACAAGCCUAGAUUUUUGUUUUCCAACAAUUUUUAUUCGACUUCUCGUCUCUUUAAUAUUUCAAAUACCGUCCUAAAGCGAGAACGUUGUCCCCUUAAAAACAAGCAGUUAUAGUGUUACAUUUGUGUCGAAAGACUCAGCGCUUUCAUUCUCAGUUGCCGCCAAAACACUGAACCCAAAAGGCUUGAUAGCAAAAAAAUAAGAGUCAAUCUUGAGAGAACACCACACUAAAAACACUUAAAUGUGUCUCUUGAAGUAAAAUGGAUCGAAAUUCCUGUACGAAAAGCAAUUUCUGCACUGAAAACAAGAAAACCAACUCACCGUUGUAUGAGGCGGCCAAACUUCUAGUUUUCACCCGUCGCGACUUCAGGUCGACGCUGUGGCAUUAUGCUAAUUAGUUCCAAGAAUUGAACAUAUCACUUCUGGUUGACGUCCUCCCCGGCCGCGUUCAGAGUAUCUUAAGGUCCCUAUUAACGUCCAAGAUGGCGGGACAGCGUCAUUCCUGAAAACAAUUCAUGGAUCCUGCUCCAAAAUACGCCUGCUUUGCAGGCUAUGCAAGGAUCGUCAAUAAGGAUCGGCAGACUUGUAUUUGGGUUGACUUUAAACUCGAAUAAGCUUGACGAAAAAGUAAAAAUCUUAGGUAAAUAAUCUUAGGUAUUUUUAUGAGUUAUUCCUUGGUGGCGAGUCGACUUCUUGGUGUUGAUUUUAUUGGUGAUGAGAUGAUCAUAAACCCUCAUAUCAAAGUAAACUAUGGAGUGACCUGGUCAGUGAUUAUCUCAUUGAAACUGCCAAGUAAUCAACAGACGAGAAAUGCAGGAAUGUGGUUUAAGGACCCUCCCUCCACACCCUGAUCCAUAAAGGUUUUAAAACAAAAUACUUGUCUUCUUUUCAGCCCUUGCUCUUCAGUUUUUACGUGCAAAUAAUAUUGCUCAUAUGGAUCUGAAACCACAAAAUCUGCUUCUAUCAGCAAGAGAAAAUCCAGUACUGAAAUUGGCAGGUAUGAAUUUUAACACUGCUCAACCAUUUUCUAUCAAAGCCUAUGCCUAUGUCCAUUAUAUGAUACGUAUCGAUCUAAUUUCAUUCUUUGCCCUUCUUUAUCAGCAGUCUCAUUGUCACAAUUAAUUUGCACAGGCUCUCCAAAUAAUAAUAUUAUUCCUGUCCUUUAAUAGAAGGAUACAACUGUCCAUGUAAAAGUUAAAUAAUGCAUGAGUGUUAUCUCUUUAAUACCAAUUUUACAAUGGGAAAUUUCUUCUCAUACUUCACUCGCAGAUCCUUCCACAGUUUUUCUCAACUUUUGGCAUGGACCAGUUUGUGAAAAUCCUGUGACAACACUGAAUAGAGGGCCUAAACAAUAGCAAAAUUGCCAAGUUUGAUAGUGAUUUUUUGUAAAAGAAGCAAGAUGUUCAUGUAGCUCUGCAAGGCAGAAAAAUUUUACAGAUGUUUGUAUUGUGGGGAGCACCCACUCAGCCCCCUCCUUACGAAAGUCUGUAAAAUUUCAUGACUUUGGGGAGGUACGGUAUAUAAGGAAAGAAAACUGUCGUUUUGCUCGGCAGUAAAUAUACUUCUGCUGUAAUAGACUUUGUGGCUUAGUAAGGCUUGUAUUUUUUGGACAGAUUUUGGUUUUGCCAAGUACUUACAUAGUGAAGAAGAGACGCAUACGAUGAGGGGAUCUCCUCUGUACAUGGUAAGGAUUCAAUUCAGUUUUUAUGGUGGUUUUGACCGAAAUUGUUUGUAUUCAGUCGACUCGAUUCCUGAGUUUUAAGUCGAUUUGUACUCAUUUUUUGUAUUUGCUUAUUACAACAGAAUGUGUUACUUUUGUGUUAGUUUUCAUGUAUUGAAAGAUUUGUUUUGAGAAGUCAGGUAUAUAGUAUUACAUUUAGCAUAGAAAGCUAUUGUUUAACGUGUUUGGGUACGAAUCCAUUGAAGAUUGGAUAUAAUAAUUAUGAUGGACUGGUUAUUGAUAAGGUCUUGUACAUGUAUUAUUAAUGUUUCUUUGCUCGUUACUUUGUUUGAAUCUAAUCUUGUUAACAUUUCUUUGUUAGUUAGCCCUGUCGUACCAUGUUAAUCUAUUUUUCCCAGUUAUUAACUUUUCUUCUUAUGUCAUUUUGCUCGCACAGUAUUUAUCUUUUUUUGAUGACGAUUUUCACAUGAUUUGUUCUUUGGUGCGCAUUUAAUCUUACAAACUGCAGGUUAUGUUAAUAACAUGUGUACAUGGAUCACAAGUUAAUCCGUAAGCUGUUAACCCCAUUCAGUCUUGCCACCUUUUUCCUUUAUUCAUUGAGUCAUCCUCACUGUGUAAUUCUUGCCUUCUUAAAGUUUCUUCAGUGCUUCAUGAUUCAUAGACCCACAGGGUAGUUAUGUUCAUUAACGCAAAGCUUCUCCAAUGUGAAGCCAGCAAGUAAACAUCUCUUCUUGUGAUGGCAAAAACAAAACAACAACAACAACAGCUACAACAACAAAGCUUUUUUGAAAAUUGUCAAAAUUGAUGCGAAAAGACUCUGUUACGAAACCACUUCGAUAUGCAGCUAAACAACUUGUAGCGCUAAGUUCAGUCCUGUAGGUAUGUACAUGUAGGUCCACAAGCUAACACUUAUGAUGUCUUAAGAGCCUGGCAGUUUAUUUAUUUGAAAACAGCAAUACGGUAACCAUGACCAUGACUUUGUUCAACAUGUGUAAAUAUUCAGGCACCUGAGAUGAUCUGCUCCAUGAAAUAUGAUGCCAGUGUUGACCUGUGGUCUGUUGGUGUUAUCCUCUAUGGUAAGUCACACAGACGAGAAUUAUGUAUGACAGAUUCUGGGAGGGAGGAGAGGAUGAUAAAGAAAUCUGAUAGGGAAUUUGAAGCACAUAGAGUAGUGUGAAGCCCUAGGGGAGGGGAGGUGGGGGGAGAGGAUAUUUAACUCUCCUUGGUCUGAAACGUACAUUAUAGGGUCUGUAUAGACUGUUGGUAGUCGUCUGUUUUUCGUUAGGUUUUUGACAUGAGCGCUCACUGUAAUGGGCGGCCUUCUUGCUUUCAAAUGUAAGUGUCACCUGGUGAAGAGUAUCAAAUUUAUUUAGGGGAUGGAGGCUGCUUCCUGAAUCCCCCCACCGCUAAAGACCCCAUCCCCCAUCCCCUCAGUACAUUUGAAACUAAGACGGCCACCUGUUACAGCAAGCCUGGCGAUCUCAUGGAAAGACAGGCUACUGUAUACAGUCUAAUAUGGGGUAUAUAUAAUUGAACAACCAGUAUGCAUCCUCCGCUACUUUGACCUAAAUACCUAACUAAAAACGUCUCACGCACUUAUGGCCUUGUAACUUAGAUAGUUAAAGUGCUGGAAGAUCCAAUCCAGGGCUUGUGAGUUCAAACCUUGCUGAGAUUAAGGGUAUUUUAAUUUACUCCUGACAUAGGUCAGUCUUUCCUUUCUUGGAUGUGCAGUUUAGUCUUUUCAGUAUUGGAAAAGAAGGCAAAAGCAGCAAACGUCUCACAACUCUCAAGUUUUCUAUCUCAAGCCCCAUUCACACCAUAACUUAAACACGCUUAAAAGCUGUUUAGUUAAACACAGUUAAAAGCUGCCUGCUGUACAUUUUUGGAUUGCCAAUUGCACAACAUGUUAAAUUCUAUGUAAUUUUUUUUAAGCUAGGCCCUGUUCACACCAAAGCUUAAACAUGUUAAAAAGUUGUUUAGCUAAUCUUUAUGACUCUUUCAUAUUGACUGUUACACCUUAUGAUAUGUUUUUUGCUCUGUUUUUUUUUAACCCGCUUUCAUCAGAGGCGCUGUUCGGCAUUGCUCCUUUUGCAUCAGCAUCAUUUGCUGAACUUGAGAUGAAGAUUCGCUCAACAGAUCCAAUCACAGUAAGGAACUAAACGAUUGUAAACAUUUUCAUAAACAAAUUCAUAAUUAUGCUAAUUUAACAACCCACUUAUUAAUUCGCAACUUCAGAAACCAGAAAGAAACUGGACCGAGUUAAUUUACGCAAAAACUUCUGGGAUCAUUAUAAGGGAUGCGCCAGUCAGCAAUAGCCCUCGUUUGAUAUAUGUUAAAAUUCCAACGUGACUCCGAGGCUUUGGGGUAAAAAUUGCAAAUUUUUGAUGACUCCAUUGUUUCGCAAUUCCCAGAAGAGACUUGAACACAAAGAAAACCAAACCAAAUAUAGAAAAAUGACCAGAAAGCCUCGGAGUCGUGUUAGAAAUUUAAUAUAUUGAACGUGGGCUAUUGGUCAGGUUUUUCCCUGUCCCCAGUGGCAGUCGCAGAACUCUUUGCAAAGGUUAACUUGGUCCAGCUUCCCAAUGGAGAAUUUGAUGGUCAUAUUGAGCAGAAUUCAUCGAUAUAUGGUGCCAGAUCAGUCUUAAUCGGGUACUGCCACACAAAUGCACUGUGUACAGGGUUCGUACAGGUCAUAGAAAACCUGGAAGGUCGUGAAAUUUAAGAAUUUCAUUUUCCAGGCCUGGGAAAUCAUGGAAAGUUAAAGUUAUGUGAGAUGGAUUAGAUACUGCAGAUGUCAAAGGAAGUACAAUGUAAGAUAGAGACGAGUAAUUAAAUGAUGGAUUUUAGUGGGCAGCAGAGUUUUUGUCUAUUGAACUGAGUUAGGUCAAAAAAUACCCUAAAACAAGGAAGUUUUUUAAAAUAUUCGAAAAUGACAGCUAACCCUAGGGACAUGGAAACCCUGAAAAGGUCAUGGAAAAGUCAUGGAAUUUAAAGAGCUCAAAAGAGCGCGAACCCUUUGGAAAGAUUCUGUUCUUGCGGGACCGACGCGGGAAAUCCCGUGCGGGCAAGAUGAGCCCACCUUGCCCGUUCGGGUAGCCAAUUAAAACGCAGGAUUCGCUUUAUCUUACCCACUUGCGGAUUCAGCCAUUUACCCAACUCAAACUGGAUAUUAAGUAUAUGAGAUCGAACGUGUGCAGAAAAGAAGAGCGGCGAUUUUAGGCGGUGAAAACAAUGCACUCGAAAAGUUUAGCGUCACGCGGGACGCGAUACACUUAGCGCUAGUUAUAUCCAAUAAACCGACUGCAGUCGCACAAUACGUAUGGACAAUUAUUAUAGUGCGUUCAGUUAUAAUUUGGAAAUCAACGGCUGAAAUAGUCCAUUUUUCCCACGUAUUCUUCGAGCUGUAAGUGACGCGACCGCUCUUCAGUUUUAUUCUUUGUAAAGAUUUCUCACCCAAUUUUAGCGCAUCGUGGUCAUUUUUAGAUUUAAAAACCAUGCACAUAUUAAUUUUAAAAUAAUUCUUUCAUUGAAAUUUUUAUUUAUUGAUUGAUUAAUUUAUUCACCUGAAAGGUAAUCCUUUUAUAUUGCUUAUUGCCUUGGUUAUCCCUAUCAUUUCAUUUUUCGUAGCAAUGUGGCGGAAAAUUUGAGUCACCUCUCGUACUUAAGCCCUGUGCAAACGGACGCAACAUUGUUGGCUGUUGCAUGUUGCGUCCGUUUGCACACCCUCUUAUAUGUUGUUGGGAGUUGGUGCGCAGUAAAACGUUUGAGCCAACAACUUCCAACAUUUCUUUUGUUCCAUGAUCGCCGAAGCGUAGCGCAACCAUGUUGGAUUCGUUUGCACAGCUCUUCCAAAAUUUUUGGGGCCACGCACGUGCAUUACAUUUGGUCUCCAAAGUUUUAUGGGUUGUAUCCUUUCCACGAUGCACUGCAAGUCCCAACGUUGUUGGGCGUUGUUGCAUCCGUUUGCACACCACUGCUAACACGGCCGCAAUAACUCCCAACAUUGUUGGCCCAAUAAUGUCGGGAGUUGUUGCGUCCGUUUGCGUGUAGCUUUAAUAAUUAUCUUGUUUUGUUCUUGUAUCUAUAGCUGCCUCCUGGAUCUCAGUUAAGCCCAGACUGCCAGGAUCUUCUUUUAGCUCUACUACAACGGGAUCCUUUGGCCAGAAUAUCUUUUGAUGACUUCUUUGCCCACCCUUUUCUUGAUCUUGAGCAUGUUCCAUCACCUGUGUGCUUGGAUAAAGCGGUGAGUAACCCAGCACUUAACGACAUCAGCAGAAGGCACAACCUUGUCUCCAGGGGAGGUACGAGGUUGCAGAAGCCAGCGUAGUCCCCAGGUGUUCUCUCUUGCCCCGUUGUCAGGGUGAGAGAUUUUUUUUCUUAUUUCCUAUGACAAGCACCCCCUGGAAUGAAAAUUCGAGGGGGGUGGGGGGUCUGAAGCAAGACUGCCCUCCGUGGGGGGGAGGGGAGCGGAGGGUGGAUAUUUUCUGGAACUAAACAUUUUAAUCUUGUCAACUGGAAAAGGUACCUGGAAUGUGCUUGCAUUGCCCGUAACGAAAACCUCGAUGAACCAUGACUCGUACUCCCCCUAUUUUCUCCACCAACAUUCCUAUAUAGACGUCUUCGUUUUUAAAAGGCUUUUUUACAUCGAACAUUUCCACCAACUUAUAAACCACAUCUGAAGAUAACACAUACGCCGGACCCGUGCAGAAUGGGGGAUAUGUGGUCUUGUUGUACUCUUUCCAAGUCACUCCAUUUUUUCCAGCGCGAAAUACCCCAGAGCCAAAACGACAACUUCCAGUGUAGAGAUUCGUUUUCGGUGUAUCGGGUAUUCUUAGGUGAUCUAUUAGAGCAUAGGGAUUGAUAAAGACGUCGUCAUCUGCCUUGAGGAGAAAUUGAAAAUCGGCGCAGUAUUUUGCAGCCCAUUCUAACCCCAUUUGUGUCUUGAAAGUGAGAUUCUUAUAAUGCUCGUUAUAAGAUCCUCGAAUCAGAUCCCCGUACAUCAUUCCUUCGGCUUCAAGUUUUAUAUUUAGAAUAUUGUCGCCCGCAGCUUGACCGAGAGGAAAGACGCUCCUCCAUCGUAUUUUGAGUGAUGGAUCAGUUGCCCAGGUUUUCCGAAUAAUUGUUCUUCUGUCAAAGUUAGCGGGCGCUGAAAACACCAAAAUCAAAAGAAACACUUUUCCUUUGCAGCGUGUGCGAGAUAUCAAAUAUGUACGAUGAGGAAGUUCUUCUGGAAUUGUCGUUAUAAAAGUGGAUGUUUCGUUGUCGCUGGUAUCUUCAGUCAUGUUUUGUUGUCCCAUGCUAAUGCGAGUUAUAUGGAAAAAACCUUUUGAAUGAGUGGUGAAAAUGUAAGAAACGUAGAUAGUAAUCGACACUGUCAGUAUGGUUCCUAUCCUUAAGGCGAAGAAAAGGUGUGAUUUUGUUACUGAACUGCUGGAAGAUUUCAUUUUGUUUAGAUGCAAAGGAUACCUCCUGAGUAAUUUAAUCGCACUUGCACUGUUGUACUUGUCCAGGUCAACCUCUUCCCCAGUGUCUUUUUGCCUGACAAGGUUGGUGUCCAGGCUGGACCGAAACAAGAAUGCUAGGGGACUAGGCUGAGCCCUUCUUAUGAAUCUACACUUACGGUUCCCCUUUUUUAGUUAAUUUGGACGUGAGUUAAAUUUUGCGAAUGGUUGGUGUUUGUGUUUGUAGGAACUAAUUUUUGAAAAUUAGUUGAUACUGUUUUUUUCAACCGGGGAGUAUCGUUUAAGUUUUGGUUGUUUUCCGCAGCAUGCUGUGGCAAUACUGAACAAUUUUUAAGUUAAUUUGGGUACGUUUGUAGACAAAGUACAAGGGAAAUGACUCUCAAAUGUAAAAGAUACCGUGAAUAGUAAUUACGGGAGUGUCAUUCUACUUUACAUUUAUUCCACUUUGUCUCCUAGACAUUUUUCCCUACAAUCAAUACAGUAAUUUGUCUGUUGACUAAAGUCUUGCGCCGGAAUUUUUGGCGCUUAUAUUUUUUUGCGAGUCAUUAUAACAACAGCAAAAGUAUGAAAAAAAAAUUAAAAAACAUCGAGAUACAAAAAAGUAAAAUGAUAAGUGCAGAGAUUUAAUAGUGUCACAUGGCAACGGUAGCCAUUUUUUUCACAUGAUUACCACGGUCACAGACUCGUCCCCAGGCCAGUUCGCGCUAUCCGAGUGAGCAGAGGAGGCUUGGAACCAAGCAUGAUAGGCGUCCUAUCCUCGGCUCGUUCUCGAUUCGUUCUCAGGACAAGCUUGAGGGGUGACGUCACAUCUGUGAUUGCCGACGGAACAAGGCCACUAUGGUCGAUAAAAAAGGGCAAGCUAUCUAAACAAUCAAAGCGAUAGUGGCCGUUACUUGAAGCUGGCCUCAGCGUAGCGCUGACAUCCAUCUCAUGGAGUGUUUCCUUAACAAUUGCUUCGGUCACAGGAUCUUUUUUUCUUCCUUUUUUUCCGUUCUGAGAAUACAUGUGAGACUGGGUUGAUGUUGUGUCGAAUUUCACCAUAGGACUGUUUUGGGCGACGAAUUUUAAGCCGGCCAGUUUCCAGCGCAACGUUUUUGAGCAAAUGGUUAUAGCUUCCACAGAACAGUCCCAUAGCUAGAAUGGUUGAAAAACUACUUUAAACCUUUAUUUAACCUUUAUUCCAGUAGCGAUCUCAACGAUCAUAGCGAUGGCAACAAUCAAAUGAUAACCAGCCUUAAAGUAAAGUGAAGUCUCUCUCACAAAGAUCGCUACGACCUUUGAUGAGCUGUUUAAUGGCUUCGAUCGCGGACCAUUUUUUAUUCAAAAAUUCCAGAUUCAGUUUCACGGCUAUCAUAUAAAAUCAGGGUGUAAUUUGAGGAAAGAAAACAACCGAUAAUUUGGUCAAAAUAAUCAGUGAAAGGUUCCGGCAAUUCUACUUUUUUACAAAAAGAUCAACUCUGCUACUUGAAAAGAGCAGAAAAAUUAACUUUCUGCAUUCAUUUUUCAUGGAACAAAAUGCAAAAUUGUUACCUUAUUUGUUAAUGCCAGUCGAUUAGGUGAAAAGUUAAAAAAAGGUACCUUUUUUGAAAAAGAAGUCAGGUAUUUUCAGGUUUCGAGUGAAUGAUAUUUUGACGUCAAUAUUGUACGCUCUUCAUCCAUUUCUCACUUUACCAAACGAUGUUUUAAAGCGCAAAAGAGGUACCUUUUUUCGGUUUCAAGCAAUCUCAUGAAAGGCACAAAAAGGUACCUUUUUGCACUUGGAAGCGAUGUUGUCAAAAGCGCGAAAAAGGUACCUUUUUGGCAGUUGGAAGUGAUGUUCUCAAAAGCGCGAAAAAGGUACCUUUAAUAGUGUUUUCAAGCCAUGGGAAGCCAUUUAGAAUCCUACUGAUUGACAGAUGUCAUAGGUGUCAUUUUUAUGAAUUUUUUGUCUGAAUUUACUAAUCCACUAGUCAAGAGAUAAAUAUUCCCUGUUUAUUCGCCAAGUUUGAAACCAAUUGCUGAGCUUGACACUGUAACAUGUACAGUGUCAGGUCGCAGUUUUAAAAUCUAUCCCCCUUGCUUGAUUUUGGCAUGGGUGUGAGUCAUCUUGAUCAGUCUUGGAGUGAAGCUGGAAGCAUUGUCGUUGGUUCAGUGGUUAUCAAUGAAUAACAGUGUUAGUUAUAUUAGUAACCUGAAGAGAAGCCGAGCCAGUCUCUUGUGCAUUUAAAAUGCUUUUUUGUUUCUUCGCUAAAAUGCUUUACCUUAAUGCUCCAUUUUUUCGAAUAACAUGCUCACCCUAAAAAAAUUCACUAAAAUGCGCGAUGAUGCGAUGAUGAUACGUAUGUGUUAAAACAACAAGAAUGUAUGUUAAUGGAUUUAAUACACCAAAAGACAAUUGUCUAAACAGUGGCAUUUGAAUUUCUUUUAUUUAGACUCUCGAGAGUUUAUUUUCUAUUUGAAAAUUUCUAAUUUUCAUUUCUCUGAAAAAAAAACAAAAAAAAAAAACGGGAAAUUCCACCAAAGUUCUCGAAAAAAUGCUGGCUUACUGUACAAAUGUCUAAGAAGAGGAAAGUUGUUCAGGCUUACUCUUAGUAUUUAGUUAGGGGGUGUCAGAGGUAUGGUGGCAUUUUUACUGUUAAUGGCUUUACUUCGGCCUGUAGCUCAAAAAGCACCUGAAGUUAAAGUAUUUAUAUAAUUUAUAUCAUAUGAAACAAAAACAACCCCAAGACUGAAGUCUCUAAUUGAAUAAUCUUUCUGGAGUGAAAAACAUCACCCAGGAAACAAGACAUGCAGUUAUAUUAAAAUGACCCGCUCGGAACCCGCUUAGUUUAGACUUAAAGGAAAAUGAACACCUUUGCUUUACAUGUAGGACUUCUUUCAGGUUAAAGUAUUUGCUCCACGCUUAAAGUUGCGCUUGCUGAGCUUCUCUUCUUGCAUCUAGUUCAGGGUUGUCACUAAGAUUUCAAGUUGCCGGGUAUUGGUUGUUAGUAGCCGGGGAAGUCGCAAGCAGUCAUGGAGCCCCUUCCCACCCCCUCCCCCAAGAAGGUUUUGAAGUGCAGCUUUUACCGUUUUCGAAAAGGCAUUACCGGCCCAAAAAAGCAAUCUUCAUCAAGAGUACAGCUAUCAUUAGCGGUUUUAUGAUGAUCACGUCUUUAUUAAAGAAAAUUACAGCAUUCUGAGACACUAAAAUAAUAGUUAAAUUACUUUACGUAAAGGCUCGUUGGAGGGUUUUUUUAGUGGCCGCCAAAUGGGAAUAUACAUGUAAGCACCAGGCCUAAAAAAAAAGGACAGGUUGGCACCGGUUACGUUAUCUGCGCAGUGUUAUCUUCACGCAGACAAGGCGCAUGCUGGCCAGGCAGUGAAGUGUUAAAUCACAACGAUACUUUACAAAUGCUAAAAAAGUUGAAAGGACAAUCGAUUCUUAUACGGUGCAAAUGAAUUAACAUGCGCUGUAAAAUCAAUUGUAAAUCCUCAUUAUUUUAGUUAUACGUAAGAACGAAACAACUUACGGAAAACAAAAGUGAAACUAAUAUUGCAAAUGAAUUAACCCACGCAGAAGCGGAAAGAAGAAAAGCGGACGAUGAAUGUACGAAAAAGCAUCAUAAACAUAAGGUUACUACGGCUUGUUGAAAAAUAAAAGUAUGAUAAGGCUAAAACAAGCGUAACGCGCGAAAAAUCGCGGGAUAAAAUAUGGCAAAACUAAACUGCACAACUGGUGACAUUAGUGGUCUCGAAUUUAUGAACGAAACAUCACUUAACAUACGAAGAAACUGACCUACGGAAAAGCGUUUAAACGACAGGGCUAAUACUUUAUAAACGACGCUGAGAUGUCAAAACGAGACUCAAGGAGAAGAAUGUAAAAGUAAUGCUAAUACUUAACUUCCCUUUUAUAUAUAACUUCUUGGAAGUAGAACUAAGAGCGAGUGAUCAUGGCCUGUGGACAAUGAUCGAAUAUUUCCCGUUGACCGUGCGUUAUUUUAUAUACUCGAUACCUAAAGCUAAAUGUAGACCUGGUCACUUAAAUGUCCACAUAUUAAACAUAGCAAUCGGUCAUAGUCUUCAUCUUCAAAGCCUUCAUCAUAAUCCUAAUUAUCAUCAACAUCAGCAUCAGGGAGAUUUAACCCUCGGAUGAUGCCUCAACUUGUGAUGUCAACAGAGAUCUGCUCAGGUCUUUCAUCGUGAACAAAGAGUGCAGAAUCCUUUGCCACUUCUUCGACAUGUUCAACACAAACCCUACACAACGGUUGAAACUAGGGACUUUUAGAAUCGACAAAGGUGACGGCAGCGAAAACGUCACUUUUAAAAAUGAAUUGGCGUUUUUUCCAACUUUGUCGCGUUUAUUUCAAUUCGCUGAAAAUAGCUAAUGUAGGCCAAUUUCCCUGGAGUUGAUUUCUUUGGGCGCACUCAAGUUUAGAAAUAGAAAGAAAAGUUUGUCGUCGCUUGUUUUACGUCCUCCAUAAAACGUGAAACUAGGCAUUUUCACGUCGUAGUCGUGCAGUAAAGUCGGCAAAGAAAUGUACAAAAAAGCGUGAUGCACGUGCAAACUAGUUGUUUUGCUCAAUAAACCUAUUGCUUUUUUGACGUUCUCGUUGCUGUCGCCGUCGUCGUUGCUAAAACUCCCUAUUGACAUUUCGCGAACGGAGAGUUUUCGCGCGUGUGUACUAGUACCAAAUCUAAGUCAGAUGUCUUUUUCCGACGUUUCUUAGUUUUUGCACGCGAGUAUUUCAGAAUUACUCAAACCUGCUGCAGAUGAAACUCGCAUUUAGUUUGAUGGAUAGUCUUUGUGUGUUUCAAAGGUGUGCUGUUUUGGUUUAAUUUAACGACGAAAGUAGCCGGGGGCCAUGCUCUGAGUAGCCGGGGGAAAUCCCCGGCCCCCGGCCCUUAGUGACAACCCUGAUCUAGUAUCCAUUUGGCUGGUGGCUAGUAUUUUCGGAUUUCUUCUAGUUUCUCGCUUUUGAAGCGAACUAAAAUUUCUUGCUCCGCUGAUUCCCCUUGUAGAUCAUUUCAAUUUUAACAGGAUCACCUAGAAUCCCCUAAAAAUAAGUCUGUGCAUUGUUCAUUGAAGCUCAAGAGGUGCCAACGGAUGACAUAUGUCAAUCAGUAGGAUUUUUAAUGGCUUCCCAAAAGCUUGAAAACACUAUUUUAUAUUUUCAAAAAGGUACCUUUUUCGCACUUUUUAACAACAUCACUUCCAACUGCAAAAAAGGUACCUUUUUGUGCCUUUGAUGAGAUCGCUUGAAGGCGACAAAAAGGUACCUUUUUCGCGCUUUUGAGAGCAUCGCUUUCAACUGCAAAAAAGGUACCUUUUUGUGCCUUUGAUGAGAUCGCUUGAAGGCGACAAAAAGGUACCUUUUUCGCGCUUUAAAUCAUCGUUUGGUAAAGUGAGAAAUGGAUGAAAAGUUGACAAUAUUGACGUCAAAAUAUUUUCACUCGAAAGCUUAAAAUACCCGCCUUUUAUUUCUAAAAAGGUACCUUUUUUUAACUUUUCACCUAAUCGACUAGCAUUAACAAAAAGGGUAACAAUUUUGCAUUUUGUUCUAUGAAAAAUGAAUGCAGAAAGUUAAUUUUUGUGCUCUUUUCAAGUAGCAGAGUUGAUCUUUUUGUAAAAAAGUAGAAUUGCCGGAACCUUUCACGGAUUCAAAAUGCAGGGUUCUUACGCACUUUAAAAAUCCUUGAAAGUCCUUGAAUUUUGAAAUAAAAAUUCAAGGCCUUGAAAGUCCAUGAAAAUUGCCAUGCUACCUUAGUAGAUUAAUGAGAACUGCAAAGAAAAAGGAGCAAACAGAAAGACCUUCGGGAUAAAAUUCUCCUGAUGUGGAAGAACUAAAAAAAGACAUAGACUCAAGGCUCUUUUUUGCACUGAAUGUAGUCCUAGAAAAAUGCGAAAUGUGUCCUUGAAAGUCCUUUAAAUGUCCUUGAAUGUUUUGUUAAAAGAGGGUACGAACCCUGGAAUUAACAGUUUCAGUUUCUUUGGUUUCAUCUUUCCUCCAUUGCUUCCUCUGUUUCAAUAGAAUAAAGCUAUAUCCAGGCCCAAAUCGACUGAAAAUAUGUCCGUUUUUUGUUGCUUGGACUCGUUCAACUUUGCGUCUAAUUUAUGCCACGAAUUUGAAGAAAGGAUCGCAAUUUAUUUUCGUCCCGCCCGAAAAAACACACUAUCCGAACUUCAAACGGUUCGAAAAGUUUUAUUACUGCGACUUUUAGUACUUGGCAGCACCGAUUGACACGAUUUACAUUAUAUUUCUGUUCAUAAGUGUGCUUGCUGUCUUUUAUACACUUAAUUCAUUCCUGGUAAACAUUUAUCCCAUUCAGCUGUCAAGGCUAUAGCAACUAAGCAAGGCUUAUAUGGAAUUCAUGACAGUUAUGGUUUCAUUUCAGUAAUCGGAGAAACAAAUGUAAAGUCGUUCAUUAUGAUUUUUGUCCGGUGUUUACCAGAACGUUUUUAAUCACACACUCUUUAUUUUCUGUUGUUUGCGCGUUGUGCACUUGCUAAAAAAAACCUGAAAAAAGAGAUUAAAAUUAAUAAUGCUGUAUAGUGUCUUGUUUUGCACGCUAAACAAGGUACUCGUAUGUUUAUUGAACUCGUCAUUAAUAAGUAUCAAUUCAAUUUUGUGUUAACGAUAGUUUUUAAUAUUAAUUAAAGCUGCUGAAUUUUAGCCAAGCUUUUUUCGCAACUGUUCUUUAUCUCUUUAAUCGAUUAUAUGCUUUUACAAAUUGUCACGACUGAUCCCCGCACAGUUUUUCAAAGAAUUAGUUAGGACAAUUUAAUAAAAAAUUGUAACUAUUUUCCCUUUGGUGAUCAUUAUAUUAAUUCUGGUAACCUUCCAGCUGUGUUUCCUGCGCGUAGCUCGGGCGGAUGUCGGAAAGUAGAGCUUAUGAAUACAGUCGCCUGAUUUACACACACUACUGAAUUGAUUAUUUUUUCUUUCCCUUGACGUUAGACGAAUAAUUAUACCUCAGUAGAAACGGUGGAAUAUUUUGCCUUAUCGGCCAAGAGAUGAUGAUGACGAGUUUGAUCCCUUGGUGUUUCCAGUUGCGCUCCAAGCUUCUCUUCUCAACAAACCAUCACUGUUUUACUAUAUCUCAGUGCAAGUCAUUGUUCUCUAAUUUGACAACCACCCAAAGAGGUUAUAAAUGAAGGUUGCCUAUUCUUCAUUUAUACCCACCCCAAACAGCCAAGCCUUCGUGAAGCAAAUGGAAAGAAACUCUACUUAAGAAAUUUGAUUCUGUUCAUUCACUUGGCUAGUGUUAUUAACAUUGUAGGAUAGCAUUCUUGCACUCUGUAGUUGUGCUAGUUCGUAUUCUUUUCUUUCUGUCAUUGCUUCUUGAAACAGUUCUUCGACGCACCCUAUUGUUGGCGCUCUGUGAAGGGAAAAGGUACCUGGAAUGUGCUUGCAUUGCCCGUAACGAAACCCUCGAUGAACCAUGACUCGUACUCCCCCUAUUUUCUCCACCAACAUUCCUAUAUAGACGUCUUCGUUUUUAAAAGGCUUUUUUACAUCGAACAUUUCCACCAACUUAUAAACCACAUCUGAAGAUAACACAUACGCCGGUCCACUGCAGAAUGGGGGAUAUGUGGUCUUGUUGUACUCUUUCCAAGUCACUCCAUUUUUUCCAGCGCGAAAUACCCCAGAGCCAAAACGACAACUUCCAGUGUAGAGAUUCGUUUUCGGUGUAUCGGGUAUUCUUAGGUGAUCUAUCAGAGCAUAGGGAUUGAUAAAGACGUCGUCAUCUGCCUUGAGGAGAAAUUGAAAAUCGGCGCAGUAUUUUGCAGCCCAUUCUAACCCCAUUUGUGUCUUGAAAGUGAGAUUCUGAUAAUGCUCGUUAUAAGAUCCUCGAAUCAGAUCCCCGUACAUCUUUCCUUCGGCUUCAAGUUUUAUAUUUAGAAUAUUGUCGCCCGCAGCUUGACCGAGAGGAAAGACGCUCCUCCACCGUAUUUUGAGUGAUGGAUCAGUUGCCCAGGUUUUCCGAAUAAUUGUUCUUUUGUCAAAGUUAGCGGGCGCUGAAAACACCAAAAUCAAAAGAAACACUUUUCCUUUGCAGCGUGUGCGAGAUAUCAAAUAUGUACGAUGAGGAAGUUCUUCUGGAAUUGUCGUUAUAAAAGUGGAUGUUUCGUUGUCGCUGGUAUCUUCAGUCAUGUUUUGUUGUCCCAUGCUAAUGCGAGUUAUAUGGAAAAAACCUUUUGAAUGAGUGGUGAAAAUGUAAGAAACGUAGAUAGUAAUCGACACUGUCACUAUGGUUCCUAUCCUUAAGGCGAAGAAAAGGUGUGAUUUUGUUACUGAACUGCUGGAAGAUUUCAUUCUGUUUAGAUGCAAAGGAUACCUCCUGAGUAAUUUAAUCGCACUUGCACUGUUGUACUUGUAUUUAGAUUAGCUCGCGCGGUGUGCUGUAAACAGUUUAAGGUGGCUGAAUACAGUUUUGCGGGCGGUCAGCGGUGACUCGCGUGACUGCGCGUGUUUUAAAACAAACAUGGCGGCGAAAAAAGCAAUGGUACACAGACGACGAUUUCUCAAAAUGUACUCAUCAAAAUUUUGUGAUAUUUGGCAGAAUUGUUACUUUUAUCGUAUUUUGAAUAAUGGGAACUUUAAAAUGGAAGUUGAACAGACGAAUUUGGUGACGCAUUUAAUAAUUACUGUACAAUUAUAGCACUGAUUAUCUAAAAACCUGUCUGUUAAAAAUUGGUCAAAUAAGUUUUAAAUGGUAAUGAUUAAUUAUAGGAAGCUGUGUGCACGUUUAUAGGAAAAUCUAAUGAGCGAAUUUUAUGUAAAUUGAGCAAAAGUGAAAAAUUAAGGUUGUAUUCAAUUGUUCAUGUUGCCAUGGAAACUAUGAAAACGUCAUAUUUUACCUGUCAAUCAGAAUCUUUCAUCAGUAUAUUUUUCACUUGCCAAGUUUCAGCUUGUGAGCUGCAACCUUUCUCUUGCCAUGAUUUGGCAAAUGACAUAUACUCACAAACUGCCAAAACUGUGUUCAGCCAACUUAAAACACGUCGCCAGAAUAUCAACGCUCACGACGUAACCUACAAUUGUCAGUUAGCAAAAACAAAACAACAGGAGGAUUAAUGGAUCUUGAUUUAUGCGACUGUAUCCUUGCAAUUCAAUUUGUGGUAACGACACAGAGUGUGUUUUUAUGCAGGAAAAAAAAAUCAAUGACCGUUUUUGUUUUACGUUCUGUCGAGUUUAAUUGAUGCUAUUGGAUCAUACAUUUUGCUCAGAUGUCAACAUAACCUUAGAGGGUUGUCAUGGUACAAUAGAAACGAGCAAACUAUAUACGCUAUAAUAAGUCUGGGCGCCACCUCGAAUUUUUAAUUUAUGAAGUCAUUCGCGGAAAGACUUCAGCCGCCAUCUUUGAGUUUUGACUCGCGUGACAGUACUAUGUCAGGACGAGAGGCAAAGUCGGGCCAUUAUGAAUCGCUUUAUUCCAUUCUUUUCCUGUAAUAUAUAGAUUUAGGCGGGGCUAAAAGCGAAGCUCUCGAUAAUAUUUAUAGUUUGUUCAAACAAAAUAUAAAUUCGUGUAAUGCUAAGCGGCGAAGGCAACGCCGGAGAACGGUGAAAAAACAACAGUAGGUCUAAUUAGCAAAAAAGCAACUUUGCACGUGCAGCACACUUUUUUUGUACAUUUCUUUGCUGUUGUUUUGCACAUAGUUAUUAGAAGAGACUGGUUAUGAAAAGCGGCAAACAUCAAUGAUAAGAACAACAAUGCUGCAGUUUAUGUUGGAAGUACCGUGAAAGUGCACAAUCCUUUGUUUUGUGUUGGCAAAUUGUUAUGGAAUAAAUUAAUGCAACGUUUUUAUUGGUCAAUACAAUCAAAAUGAUAGGAAUUCUUUUGAACGUUGUGCACUUUCAGGUCCACAAAAACAUAUAACAAAGGAGUCUGACGGGUUUCAUAACCAUUCCACUCAAUUAACUAUGUUUUGCGCGACUUCGACUCUCUGUCUUUCUCUUGCUCUAUAUUCCAAAUUUGUGGACAUGACAAUUAAUCUAAGCGUAAUACUUAAAAAAACAUGGAUACAGAAACAUUUUCCGCUUUCCGGUUUCUUCUCUAUUGACUCUUUAGCUGCCUCUGCUUUACAAGAAGCGGCUGGCUAUGCGAUUUCCCGCCCAAAUAACCUCGAGUUGCAUUUGGGUUGCCAUACCUGUUGAUUGAGUUAUUUUACAUUGGUAUGCCUGUGGUGCGGACGGACAGUCGAGCGUACGGUCACGUGAUUACCAAAUUUUCUCGGAUGGGUAGAUUACCACAUUUUCUUACCCAUGGUGCUCCGUUAUAAACAUUAACAAAUACCAACGAAUCCUUUUCCUAGGCUAAAGUAAUCGUAGUUGUGAGGUUCGUCUUUGUAAGUCAUACGGGCAUAUAUUCGAUAACAAACGCAACACUAAGAAAUGUGACGUAAGAUACCAAGCGAUCAGUAUGUAAAGCUAGCUAAGAACGUCCUUGCGAUUAUUAGACACCGUAUUAACAUGAAUGAAAAUAUUUUGUCUCAUUUUAUGGCAGAAAAAUUAAUUGACUUUCGCACAACAAUAUAAUGUAACAACUCUCCUGGGGGUGUAAUCAAGUUGAAAAAUUACGGAAAUCCCAGGGGAUGGGGGGUAUGAAAAGCACCCCCUGGAAUGAAAAUUCCAGGGGGGGUGGGGGCCCUGAAGCAAGACUGACCUCCGUGUGGGGGGCGACGGAGGUAGAUAUUUUUUCGAACUACACAUUUUAAUCUUGUCAACUGGAGAAAGCACUUCUAUGCCCUCUAUGUUCGGUUUCCGCGACUCAUUUCCACCUUGUUUAACCUGGUUUAAAGAAACAUGUUUUCAGUUGCUGGUGUGAAUAGGGCUUAAGUCUCUCUUGGUGACAUCGCGGCUCACAGAGGGGUCCAGGUCAACCUCUUCCCCAGUGUCUUUUUGCCUGACGAGAUUGAUGUCCAGGCUGGACCGAAACAAGAAUGCUAGGGGACUAGGCUGAGCCCUUCUUAUGGACCUACACUUACGGUUCCCCUUUUUUAGUUAAUUUGGACGUGAGUUAAAUUUUGUGAAUGGUAGGUGUUUGUGUUUGUAGGAACUAAUUUUUGAAAAUUAGUUGAUACUGUUUUUUUCAACCGGGAAUUAUCGUUGAAGUUUUGGUUGUUUUCCGCAGCAUGUUGUGGCAAUACUGAACAAUUUUAAGUUAAUUUGGGUGCUUUCCGUCUUUUAUACACUUAAUUCAAUCCUGGUAAACAUUUAUCCCAUUCACCUGUCAAGGCCAUAGCAACUAAGCAAGGCUUAUAUGGAAUUUUGACAGUUAUGAUUUCAUUUCAGUAAUCGGAGAAACAAAUGUAAAGUCGUUCAUUAUGAUUUUUGUCCAGUGUUUACCAGAACGUUUUUAAUCACACACUCUUUAUUUUCUGUUGUUUGCGCGUUGUGCACUUGCUAAAAAAAACCUGAAAAAAGAGAUUAAAAUUAAUAAUGCUGUAUAGUGUCUUGUUUUGCACACUAAACAAGGUACUCGUAUGUUUAUUGAAUCCGUCAUUAAUAAGCAUCAAUUCAAUUUUGUGUUAACGAUAGUUUUUAGUAUUAAUUAAAGCUGCUGAAUUUUUGCCAAGCUUUUUUCGCAACUGUUCUUUAUCUCUUUAAUCCAUAAUAUGGUUUUACAAAUUCUCACGACUGAUCCGCGCACAGUUUUUCAAAGAAUUAGUUGGGAGAAUUUAAUAAAAAAUUGGAACUAUUUUCCCUUUGGUGAUCAUUAUAUUAAUUCUGGUAACCUUCCAUCUGUGUUACCCGCGCGUAGCUCGUGCGGAUGUCGGAAGGUAGAGCUUAAUUAAGAAUACAGUCGCCUGAUUUACACACACUACUGAACCGUGAUUAUUUUUUCUUUCCCUUGACGUUAGACGAAUAAUUAUACCUCAAUAGAAACGGUGGAAUAUUUUGCCCUAUCGGCCAAGAGAUGAUGAUGACGACUUUGAUCCCUUAGUGUUUCCAGUUGCGCUCCAAGCUUCUCUUCUCAACAAACCAUCACUGUUUUACUAUAUCUCAGUGCAAGUCAUUGUUCUCUAAUUUGACAACCACCCAAAGAGGUUAUAAAUGAAGGUUGUCUAUCCUUCAUUUAUAACCACCCUAAACAGCCAAGCCUUCGUGAAGCAAAUGGAAAGAAACUCUACUUAAGAAAUUUGAUUAUGUUCAUUCACUUGGCUAGUGUUAGUAACAUUAUAGGAUAGCAUUCUCGCACUCCCUAGUUGUGCUAGUUCGUAUUCCUUUCUCUCUGACAUUGCUUCUUGAAACAGUUACUCGACGCUUGCCCUGAAACGCAGCUGCGUACCACGUUCUACACAGCUGGGAAUCCACUUCGCGCUUAUUGGGUCUGUCCUCGAGUACUGCUGUCCCGUGUGGCACUCUACUUUUUCUCUACAGCUACCAAACAAAACUGAGAGGGUGUAAAAUCGUGCGCUGUGUUAUAUACCAGACGUUGCACUAUCGCAAGACCCUUGAAAUCCCUGGAUCCACUACAAGCACUUAAUAAGUGAGUUUACUAACUGACCUAAAGUUAUUCUAUUAAUGGGUCAUCAGUUUGAUGUUCAAAACAACAGUGUUUGGAAGCAUGCUUCCCUUAGCUCAGACGUUAAAAAGUUAGGCGAGGACAUGGCAAACCACACACGAAAUGAUUGCCGCAUCCUAAAAAAAGGUCGCCUUGCGUCGAUGAGUCAAGGACGUGCUAAAGCUCAUGUGCCCGCUUUAAUAAUACAGUGUUUCCCGUGAUGGAUUUCGCUUAUAGAAAAAAAGAUGCGUCAAUACGUCUGGGACUUCUAAAGUUCUUGAGUCUACUUAAUACAGGGUGUCUGCUUAAUAGCGCUUUAGCUUUCUGUUUGAAAGUUAAGUCCACUUAACUGCUCCACAACGCAAAACAGGCUAAUAAAGUAUUCAAAACUUGAAUCCGAAUGGCAGAAAGUGGUGUACCUUAUCAGCUUAACAAGCCCGCGUCUUGAACACUGUAAAUUAAUUUAUAUAAUUGUAAUGGGGAAAUGUUAAGGCUGGUGAAUACAUGAAAAAGAUGUUUGUUUUAGUCAGUAACACAGGCGGCUUGGAAGAAAAAAUCAGAGUACUCCCGACAAGAGUCGAACCUCUGACCUGAUUACUAGUCCAGAUGCUCUGCCACUGAGCUACAGGAGACUCUUGGGAGCUAAGGCCGCUAAACCAGGUUCAUGUGACAAACAUCCUGCAUACUGUUACGACUUGAAUAUCGAUAUGUGCUUAUGUGCACUGGUAGAAAUGUGAUGGUCAUUUUAAGCCUCAGAUCUUUGUUUUAGUCAGUGACUUAGGCGGGUACAAGGGAAAAGCCCGCCUAGUCUCAACAGGGGUCGAACCUGUGACAUUUUGCUUACUAGUCCAGAUGCUGUACCACUGAGCCACAGGAGACUCGUGGGAGGUAAGGCCUCUAAACCAGGUUCACGUGGGAAAAAAUCCUACAUACUGCUACCACUGGAAUGUGCUUAUGCGUAACGACAGAAAUGUGAUGGUGAAUUUUAAGCCAAGGAGAAUACUAGACAAAGAUGUUUGUUUCAGUCGGUGACUCAGGUGGCUACAAGGAAAAACCCCAGUUGUCUCAACAGGAGUUGGACCUUUGACAUUUUGCUUACUAGUCCAGAUGCUCUACCACUGAGCUACAGGAGACUCGUGGGAACUAAGGCCUCUAAACCAGUUUCACGUGACAAAGAUCCUACAUACUGCUACGACUUGAAUGUCGAAAUGUGCUUAUGCGUUGUGUGAUGGGAAUUUUAAGCUUGGUUAAUACAUGACAAAGGUGUUUGUUUUAGUCAGUGACUCAGGCGGCUGCAAGGGAAAAAUCCGAGUUCUCUCAUUCGGAGUCUAACCUUUGACCUUCUGGUUAAUUGUCCACAAUCGGCAGAUGCUCUACCACUGAGCUACAAGAGUCUAAACUAGGUUCACGUAACAAACAUCCAGCAUACGGAGGAAUGUUUUGCCUCAUCGGUCCAAACGUAGACCAUAUUAUUGAGGGCAGCCCCUUUUUGAGGGUCUGAACCCUUUCUCUGGUUUUAAUUUCACUAUAAUGUCAUUGGACUCAAGUAAUUUUAUUCUCUAUAAAAGUUUAAUUGAAACUCAGUUAUAGCCCGAGUAACAUCUUUUAGUUACACUAGCCAACACCGUUACUUUCACAUUGAAACGUUUUUUUGUAUCCCCUUUUUUGGCGAAAUGCGGCUGAAUUGUAGCUAUAGAGCGAUAGAUUUAUGUGUUUUUUACAAUGUUCCCGAAAAUCCAUGAGUUCCAGGCUGUGUUUGUGAAUAUGGCUUUAACCUGAGCAAACCCUAUGACACUGACCAUGAAGCGUCCUUCUCACAAACUAUUACCUCACAGACUAUUGUAGCAAAGACAUUUACACUCGGCUAGUGUUAGUACCAUUGUAGGACAGUAUUCUCGCACUCCGUAGUUGUGCUAGUUCGUAUUCUUUUCUUUCUGACAUUGCUUCUUGAAACAGUUCCUCGACGCACUCUAUUGUUGGUGCUCUAUGAAGGGAAAAGGUACCUGGAAUGUGCUUGCAUUGCCCGUAACGAAACCCUCGAUGACCCAUGACUCGUACUCCCCCUAUUUUCUCCACCAACAUUCCUAUAUAGACGUCUUCGUUUUUAAAAGGCUUUUUUACAUCGAACAUUUCCACCAACUGAUAAACCACAUCUGAAGAUAACACAUACGCCGGUCCAGUGCAAAAUGGAGGAUAUCUGGUCUUGUUGUACUCUUCCCAAGUGACUCCAUUCUUUCCACCGCGAGCUACCCCAGAGCUAAAACGACAACGUCCAGUGUAGAGGUUCGUUUUCGGUGUAUCGGGUAUUCUUAGGUGAUCUAUUAGAGCAUAGGGAUUGAUAAAGACGUCGUCAUCUGCCUUGAGGAGAAAUUGAAAAUCGGCGCAGUAUUUUGCAGCCCAUUCUAACCCCAUUUGUGUCUUGAAAGUGAGAUUCUUAUAAUGCUCGUUAUAAGAUCCUCGAAUCAGAUCCCCGUACAUCAUUCCUUCGGCUUCAAGUUUUGUAUUUAAAAUAUAGUUGCCCGCAACAUGGCCAAGUAGAAAGACGCUCCUCCAUCGUACUUUGACUGAUGGAUCAGUUGCCCAGGUUUUCCGAAUAAUUGUUCUUCUGUUAAAGUUAGCGGGCGCAGUAAACACCAGGAUCAAAAGAACCACUUUUUCUUUACACCGUGUGCGAGAUAUCAAAUAUGUCCGAUGAUUAGGUUCUUCUUGAAUGGUGGUUAUUAAAGUGGAAGUUUCACUGUAGUUGUUGUGCAAGCUUACAUUCGACUGUGCCAUGCUAAUGUGAGUGACGUAGAACAGACCCUUUGUUUGAGUGAAGAACACAUAAGAAAUGUACCCUGUGAUCGACACAGUCAAUAUAGAGCCUAUCCGAAGGACAAGCAAAAGGUUUGCUUUUCGCGGCAGACAGUUAGGAGAUCUCAUUUUCAUAAUAUAUACUUCACCAGUUGUCUGAAGAUUUGGCAGUUCUUUAAGAGAGUCGUUCUCACACGGUCUGUGAAGAAUUUAACCGACGUCGUUCUAAUGCCGCCUCUGUGAACAAAUGAUAACAGGAGUCAUUUCAUAUAAACGAAAACAUUAAAUGGCAACAUAAAUUAAUUUUUGGGACGAGAAGUAAUCUAGUGCGUCAAUUUGGAUUUAAGAAAUUAAAAAUAUGUCGAAAAUGAACAUUCCCCUCCCUCCAUUUUUGAUCAAUUCACGUGCAAGGUGUUGUACCUGCCUCGUCCCCAGUCGCUCGCGAUCACUGGAGGAAAUUUGAGUUAAUUAUUAGGGAAAGCGGGGACGAAGGGAGUGAUGGGAAGGGGAGAAAAAGCGAAGCGACUUUCCCCUCUCUCGCCUUUUUCUUUCCAUUACUUGCCGCCUCGAUCGCGCUCUACGCUUGUUCCCAUCAUCCCUCUCCCGCGCUUGUCUCGCGCGACUUAGACUUGGGAAAGCCUGUGGAGGAGGCAGGGUGUUGUACCGUUUUUAUUUAUUUUGAUGAAAAUGACAGCGAUGGUUCAUCAGGUCUUUAACUUCUCUGUCAAACUUACUCCAUUGGCACUUAUUCGCCAUCACCUGCUGUUUACUUAGAACUGGAAAAAUUGCAAUUUUUUGCAUUGCUUCGGAAGAUGGAAGGUCCCUUUAUUUUAAUUACGAGGAUCAAAGGCAAACUCAGUCAAGAGGUUAUCUCAAUAAUGGAAAUAAACCAAUUAUCUUCAACUGUUUAUGGGUUCGAGGUUUCUGUGACGGAGUUUGAGCAGCGACGUUUUUGAGCGACCGGAAGUGAGCCUUUUUCUCUUUUAAUAUGCCUUGACGCUGCCAAAUUUAUAGUGCUUAAGUGUUUUUACUCUUAUCGAGACGAUUUGCCCAAAAAAUUGCUCAAAAUCACGGCUGAGGAGUGCAAAAAAUCCACUUCCGGUUGACUUUCGUCGCUCAAAAACGUCGUUGCUUAAAGGGACAGUGUCCCGAUUAUGCGCACGCGCGAGCGUCAUCUGUUCUUUCUUCAAAAGACAAUAGAACUGUCAUAUUGACUCGACAAGAUUUCCUUCCGGACCGCACCGCCGACAGAGAUUUGUUGUUUAUAUUCUCAAGUGAUAUUUUAGACUUUCAAAGAAGUCUUUCGUCUUAUAUAAAAAUUUGGCUCGCGGUUCGAAGACUUAUCGCGAUUUUAUCGCUAGCUGGGCCGCCUCGCGACCCGAAAAUCUCGUUCCGCUCUCUUUAAAAACAUAUUUUCUAAUUCGAAACUCGUGUCAGAGGUCAGUUGUUCCAAGUCUAGUAAUAUCUGCCUGAUUUGCUCGCGUUCUAGCCUCAAACGUUUGAAAGACAUAAAUAAAAAUGCAAUCUCAACGCUAUGAAUCAUCAGAAAGGUUAGUCAAAAAUUAUAUUAUGAUUUCAUGGCACUAGUUUUUCUAAACAUGCAGCGCCUGUUUGUUUGAUUUUGUCGGCCGUUAGGGAGAUUCAUUUAACAAAGUUUACCAAAGCGUCGUUGCAAAACAUUCUGCUUCACGAAGCUCCCCUCCACAAGAUCUCCUCAGUCACAUCAAUGUCUCAAUGGUUUCUUUCUUACAGGCUUUAUUGUUGUCGUUUCAUUUCUGCGUAUUCCUUUCACAAUUAUCUGAGCUUGUAUGGAAGCUAGCAGAAGAAAUAAGCCUUCAAUCGGCAUCAAAGUGCUUUCAAUCGUGUGGUCCUCCGGCCAACGGCAAUAAAAGUAACGCCAAAAAAUCCAGAUUUUGCCCAAAUCGAAACUUAACAGGAACAGUAUAUCAUUGAUCUGUAAUCCUGAGAAGUUUUAGUGUCGUAUUGAACCCGGUCAAACGCGAUGCAAACGGAUUUUUCAAGGUUCUCUUACUCUCCUCGCAUCUUUUGAUUUCGCGACAUCCUGUCCAAAAAUCAAAGUUUGGUGCAUGCGCAGUAACGGGAUACUGUUCCUUUAAACUACCUAAUAGACAAAGAGGCAGGUUGCACCGAAUCAGGGUUCGCACGGUCUUGAAAAGUCCUUGAGUUUUACAGGAAACCCUUAAUUAAAAAGUCCUUGAAAUCCAUUUUUCCUUGAAAAGUCCUUAAAUUUUCUUCAACUUUGAAUGCAGUGGCCUGGAAAGUGUGUUUUAUGCUUUUUGUUUGUCCAAGACAGAAUAUAAAUCAUAGCUCAGAGAAGUUAAAAGUGAUUUACAUGAAGUGUUUUUUAAGGCAAGAAUUAACUAUCGAUUUAAGACAAAUGAAACGAAAAAUGUAGAGAAGUUGGUAGAGUAAACAGGUCAAGCCUAAAGUCCUCUUAGAAUGGACUGGGGAUGUGCAUUUUUGUACAAUCUGUGAAAUUACAGUUAUGGUAGAUGUCGUUGAAAAUCUAAUAUGGUCCUUGAAAAGGCCUUUAAGAAAUGGUUGCAAUAGUUUGUAUGAACCCUGGAGUGAUUUUUUGACUCCUAGAAAACGAGAACGAGUAGUCUAACUAUUCCAGUUCUAAGAAAUCAUUGAGAUUACUUCAGAAAGAGUCACAACGUGAUGUUAUCUAUGAUCUUUAUCAUGCUUUAUCUCCUAACCUUGAUGUUAAUAGUGAUUUUAACAACCCUUACCAACAGAUCAUUGACACACCCAACGCGCACAACAACUCUUACCUUCUUCCCCCAGGGAGAAAACGCUUCUUAUUAGCGCAACUUCUUAAUGUAUUAUCUUUUAAUUUUUAUUCCAUUGUAUUUUUAUCGCACUCUAUCCUAGAAUUCUUUCAUUUUCAUAUCAACUGAUCAGGCGUUCCAAAGCUCGUAUUUCUUAGAACACUUUUCGCCAGAUAACGCUUCUUGAUGUUUUAAUAGCUAUCGAAAUAUUAUCAAUAAUAGAAGCAAUAUUAUGAAACCUUUGCUUGUGUUCUAAUGCGGUUCUAAUGUCGCUUCCCUUGGUAGAGUAAACUUGAAAGGCGAAGCUUGCAGAAAUAGGAAAAAAUAAAAGCGCUGGCAAAAUUCGCUCAACAUUGCAACUUAUCUAAGGCGCAAUGUAGAAGUACUUGAUUAAAGGAUAUUCACAGUCAAGUUCGCCGAGAUGUGGUGGAAAGAUGGACGUAUUCAGUGAAUAAAAUGUUUUGCAAAUUAAUUUUAAAUUGUAAUUUUGAAUUUUAAUAUCCGAACGAGACAGUUAAGUAAUUAUUGAUUAAAAGAUUAAGCAAACAAAGCUUGCUUAUAAUCAGAUGAAUUUUUUUUUAAUGGAAAAAAUGAAAAACAUAGAACUUCAAAUUAUUUUUUACGUGAGUAUUCUAAAAUUCAGAUAUCGAGAGCUUUUUGGUCUUUGUUUUUGUUUAUAUCCGAAUUGAUGAUUUCUUCAGAUACCAUCAUAACCUUUGAAUGUUGUCAUGGUACCAAAUAAUACGCAUGUUGAAAAACCUGGUACUCUACAAAUUCUAAUCGAUCUUUACAAUUACGGGCAGACCUCUUUCCACUGUUUUUACAGAAGACAGUCUGGUUUUUCAAUCAGAAGGAAAUGAUCCUUAGGGAAAGGAGUUUGAUGCCGUGAGAAACAGGUGCCAAAGAGCACCUUUUUCCCUGGAUACGCACCGGGUUCCAAACAAUUACAACCGUCCAAUUCCACUCUUAUGUCCCGUUUAUUUGGAGAAGAGUUGUCCGGAGCAGAAAGGUAUAUAUGAAGUUCAUAGAUUUGAACUGCAGAAACAAGAUUUUGCCAACGGUCUUGGCACUUAUAUACUCUAUUUAAGAAGUUAUGAAGCCUAAAAAAAUCCAGGUUGUAAAACAUAGUAGGACAAACUGAAAGAUGACAACAUCAACAUAAUUGUUCAAUACGAUAAGAUUGAUUCUAUUUUGGCUUCCACUGAUCAACCAUACUCUUAGAAAUAGCUGAACUUCUAAGGCUUAUAAGAGAUUGUAAAAGCGCUGCUUAAUUCGGUCAUCUACAAGUUUUCUCGUAUGAAGACCAAUCCGAUAUGUGAGCUUCUGCUGUGAUCGGCUCCGUUCCCCCGAAAUCGCACCGAAAUAACCCGUUCUUACAUGUAUGUAUGAACAGAAACCCUAUCCGGUAUUAGACUGGUGCCGGCGUAAAAGUUAUCUGGUAUAAAGUGAACAUAGCCUCAGUAAAGCGACUCUUAGCAGCUUUAAGUCUUGCUUUUGAGGAUCUUUACUCGCUGCUUGGCAUACGAAGAAGAAGGGAUUUACGCAUGCAUUGCAGUAAAAUCACUUGGGCGAUUGAACUACUGUAACAAUAUGAUGGUAAAAUAACACACUAUAUGGUAGUAUAUUCAAAGUACAAUUAAAUUAAUGUCACCCUUUUAGAGGUGAAGAUUUAACUAUACUGAACAAUUCGUCUAUUUUCUAGGUGGCUUAUUGCGGGUCGAGUGUUCUUUAAUUAUCGGUAGAUCCUCCGAGAGAGGCCGGCCGUUUGUACGGAUGUCGCCAAGAGCCUCUUGCAUUUACGAGAGAAACUUGUUUGUAUGUACUUAAAAAUUUAUUUGUAUUUUACUGUUGAUCUUAUUUAUAAGUUCGACCUUUACUGGUCUUUAAAGAGCCUGACUAGAACCUACCGGGACUUAAAAUGAUUCGAAUGUUAGAACGUGAACUUAGCCGUAGUAAAAAGUUAUUUUGUUUUUAUUGUUUAGCCAUAAGAUUAUGAAAGAAUCAAUGGUGAACUGCUUAUAGAAUAGAUAAAAGUUUAUGUGCAGUUAAAUCAUCAGCCUUUGCGGUCAAAACCUGCAUUUGUUCAGGUUCUUUUUCGACCGCUCAGGUGCGAAAAUCACAUAUUAUUUUAACUAUCAUAAAUGUAUACUUUAGCCGCAGUCCAUUGAUUCAUUUCGUAUCAAUAAUAACCAAACAAUUAAAAAAAACCGUGGAUCUUUUCACCUUAAUAAAACUUAUGUACUUUCGUUUGUUUAGUUAUUGGUAUUGCAACUACACAAAGCUGGGAAUGGUUUCGCGAUGUUCUGUCUACGGGCUGUGUUUUAAGUCGCUUUGCACGUACAUCACGCUUUUUCGUUCAUUUCUUUGUCGUCCCUGCAUGAUUGUACGACGACGUCAAAACGUCCUAAUUUCACGUUUUAGGGAGGACGUGGACACAAGACAACAGUUUCUUUUUCUUUUUUCUGAAUUUAGAUACAGUGGUUCAUGAUUCAACUCCCGAAAAAUUCCUCAACAUUUGACAAAUUGAACGAGGUCGAAUGAGAGCUAUAUAACGUUUCAAAGACAGCUAAUCCACAAAUCUGAAGCGCCUUACCUUGUUUAUCUCCACUAAAUUAAACCGUCUGACAAAGUACAACAAGCUGGUGAAUCUGGAUAAAUGCAAGUAACAUAAUCCGUAUGUUCAGAAGCGGUUGGGCUUUCCACCGUAACAAGGCAGCCCACUUCAAGUGGGUGAUUACCCCUUCAGGCGGUCGCAACUCGUUACUACGAUACUUGGCAGAGUCUAGAGAAAAUGCUCAUCAAAGCAAAUGUAAUUAUACGCGGAUUUAACGAUUCAAAUACUACGAAUAAAAUAUCCUUGACAAAUAUAAGCAGUUGUAAGCGAAAGCUCAAAAUGAACAUUUUUGGGAAGGUAAUGCGAAUUAAUGAAAUGAUCACUGAGGGGAAAGUGUUUAAUUGAUCUUUUAUCAAAUUUAUUCAACGUAUGCGGGAAUAGAAUAUACCUCAAAGAAGAUCUACAGAGAAUGCAGAAUAGAUGUCUAAAUGUCACUGGUCUCCCUAGGGAUACUGUUGAGUUACUUGUAACUAGGCGUCAGAAUUUGACGAGGAAAGAAUUUAAACGUAUCCUAGAAUCUGAAGCACAUCCUUGCAAACGUUUUUUGGACAAGCCAGUGGAUCAUGGCCAUAAUCCAAGAUCUUGUAAGGCUAACCCAGCGCACCUCAGAAUACCUGUAUCACGCACUGUUAGGCACAAACAUGCAUUCGUUUAUUCCUCGAGGUGCUAAACUUAAUUUGAUAUGUUUAUAUAAUAUGUAGUGUUUUGAAUUUUUAUUGUAAUAUUACCGUAGUUCUUAUCGCCAAAGGUAAUAAAUAAAGGUAUUAUUAUUAUUAUUAUUAACAUGUAUGCGCCUAACAUGGCUGCAACGUUUCUUUCACGCUCGUAGUUCUAGUUAUUUUUUCGUAGCUAUUUAAAAUUGUGAAAGGUUUGAACCCAGGAGUCAUUUCAAAAGUAGGUUGAGUUUGAUAGUCCGGGUUAACGUAGUCCUGAACAGGACUGUUGUUGUUGACAGUGACUGACGUUUCGACAACGUGUGCGGUAGUCAUAUUCAGAAUCAAAGUGAGUUGCAUCACGUCAGGUGAUGGUAUCAUACUCUCGUUAUUGGUCUGAUUGGUCAAUUACGUUGCGAUGUUAUUGGACGUCUGUCAGUUAAGCCGUGAUGUUAUUGGCUAUGAAGACUGGUAGUCAGUAAUUGGUGCGUUUCGAUCCGUCUGUUGUCACAGUUAAACAGUCGUCUAUUGUUAGUCAAAUUGUCAGUUCUCCAGUCGUUCUCUCGUAGUUAGUUUUGCUUGAUCUCGUCAAUAAGUCAUCGUUUGUACGGCGCUGGUUACUGUUGGCUACGAUUCAGUGGCGUUUGUUCUAAGUUAGAAAACCAGCUUUCUAAAGUAAGACGUUGAUAGCAGUUUGUAGAAUACGUUAUACAUGUCGCAGAGUCCCAGUCAAUUCGAUGUUUUGUCUGUAAAUGGUGCUCAGCAAUGUGAUUGUUGACGUCACCAUUCCUCGUCGCUCGUUUGUGUUCGGUCAGUCGUGUGCUCAGGUUAAAAUUAUCAACUUGAGACGCGAUCUCUCUCAGCAACCUGUUCCAAGAUUUAACGUUGAUUUAACGGCCGAGUCCUGCCGGAGCUCUUUAACGGAUAUUGAGCGUAUUUCCGGUAACGACUUAAAAAAUAUCAUCCUUUCUGCAAAACCUAAAUCCUGCUCUCUUGAUCUACUUCCGACUUGGCUUCUAAAGAACUUCAUCUCUUUCCUUCUAUAAACCAUAACCACCAUUAUGAACUUGUCUCUUGAGAAAGGCUUUUUUCUUCUGAUUUCAAGAAGUCUAUUGUCCGUCCUCUUAUCUAGAAAGAAACUCUUGACUGCGACGAGCUUGAUCCUUAGUAACUACAGGCCUAUUUCCAAUCUUUCGUUCCUGUCAAAGACACUUAAAAGAAUCGUUGCCUCUUAAAUCGACGAAUAUCUCCAUGACAACGGUCUUUAUGCCAAUUCUCGCCAAUGAAUUCAACCAGUUUUUAUUUCUGUUAGAGUGAAUGCAGCUGGUAAAUCCGCUGAGCUGGCCUGGUCGCUUGGGCUCACGGAUGACGUUCCCUCUUGUAGCAAUAAUUCACCGAAGUCUGGUGAAGGCUUGUUCGACUUUAAACCUGUGUCCUGUUCUGAAGUCCGAGAGGUUUUAACUGUUAUGCCGUCCAACAAGGCCCCUGGCUAUGAUAGAAUUCCACUGUUUGUCAUCAAGGACUGCCCCCCUUACAUACUUCCGACUUUAAGUAGACUAAUCAGCUCCUCGUUUGCCUGUUCUGAAUUCCCUAGGGCUUGGAAAAAAUCUGUGAUUGUACCCCACCUAAAAGACGAACGACAUGAGGUCCCCAAUAACAACCAGCCGAUCUCGUUGCUUCCUGUGCAUUCUAAAGUAGCUGAGAAGAUCGCCUUGAUUCAAUUUAAUGACUUCCUGACUAAGAAAAACAAACUCACUCAACAUCAAGGCGGGAACCCCAAGAACCAUUCUACGGAAACUCUGAGCCUUUUAGUUACUGAUCAUAUCUUCAGGGCUAUAGACCGACAGCAAUUGACGGCUAUGGUCCUUAUAGACCUCAGCAAGGCCUUCGACAGUAUUUGCCACAGUACACUUCUUCGCAAACUACGCAGCCUAGGCACAUCAAGUCAGGCUCUUAAAUGGUUCGAGAGUUACCUCACGGACCACAAGCAGUCUACUCGAUUAGGCACCUCUCUAUCUGAUGAGCUUACGAUAACACAUGGCGUGUUUCAAUGCUCCAGGGCCACUCCAAUUCCCGAAGAACAGGCGAGAUGUGAUCAAAAUUUUUAGUAUCUGUUAAUACGCGGGCGGCGAAGUUUUGCACUAAUUGUAACUUCUGUAGAUUUUCCUUUGAGGUGUCUGCCCAGAUAGUGGAACAGUAAAAAAGUUUACUAAAAAUAAGAGAAUUCAAAAUGGUUGACAAGACAGGUUUAGCAAACAGGUGUCACACCCUACUAAUCUGACAUAACAUGGACAGGAGAGACGAUGUUAACGUGUUUACACGAUCAUUAAAGUUGAGGUAAGAGUCCAGUGUAAUUCCUAAGUCUUUAACUGAGGAUACCGGAGUGAGUUCUUGGUCGAGGAAAGGUACUCUGAUGUGUGAUACUUUGCUUAGGAGCUGCCUUGUCCCGAAAAAAAAUGAGUUUGGUUUUCCCUGGAUUUAUCAGUAAUUGAUGUGAGCAACUCCACCCAGCAAUGAGACGUAGGUCUUCUGUCAUUUUUACAAGGCAAGAAUUCAUGUUUUUAGCCGAAAAGCGGCGGUAGAUCUUAGUAUCGUCAACGCGGGAGUCGGUACAGCUGGAUUUAACUGCGGAGGGUAGAUCAUUUAUAUAUAAGUUGAACAACAUGGAACCUAAGAUCCAUCAAAGAUCAGCUAUUAGUCCUUAAUACUACCCAAGCAUACAAAAUUGUUAAUCGCCUCGCUCCGAUGUACUUGAGUAGUAAACUCAGUAAGCGAUCAGAUACUUACCACUACAACACGAGGAAAAAAGACAAUCUAAAUCUCCCUCUAUGCAGAACAGUUACGGCGCAACGGUCAUUUAACUAUCGCGCUGAAAGUGCAUGGAACUCUCUGACCGCAGACACUACAAAAAGCCCAUCACUAUGUACCUUUAAGAGGAGCGUCAAACGCGAAUUGCGGGUGCAGACCCCAUGCGAUAAAUAGUUAAUAUUUGAUUUAGUUUAGAUCUCCAAAGAGAUAACGUAAUUGUACGCGCAUAGGUUAGGCUUUUAGUUUUGUACCAAGAUUGUAAUCAGUUUACGCUUUUUCUUCUUAUCCCUUUCUUUUUAGCAUUUGUAAAUUAACUUCAGAAUGGUCCUUUGGAAGAAUUAGUAAAAAUUAUUGUAUUGUAUUUUAAGAUGCAAUCGGCAUACGGGAAGUAUCAUAGCACUGAGACUGCACUGAUUCGUGUUGUUAACGACAUACAUCGUGCUAUUGGUGAUCAGUGCGAGUCCAUUUUGGUUUUACUCGAACUUUCCGCCGCCUUCGACACAAUCGAUCACGCGAUGCUUCUUGAGAGAUUAGGGUUUCUUUAUGGCUUUUUCAACCUAGUUCUUCAGUGGUUCACUUCUUAUCUUGUUGACCGUCCUAAACGCAUAAUGUUUGACAAGUUUUCUUUCCCAGCCUCGUCGUUUAUCUUGUGGAGUCCCUCGAGGCUCCAUUUUAGGACCGGUGUUAAUUUCUCUUUAUAUUUCUCCACUGGAGGAUGUAGUUACAGCUCACGGCUUAAAAGCAAUGAUGUACGCCGACGAUUCUCAGCUUUACAUUAUUAUGAGACAAAGAAAUCGUGCUACAGCAUCAAAAGAUCUUACGCUUUGUAUCCCAGAUAUCAUGUCCUGGAAUGUCUCUAACAUAAUUAAAUGUAACCUAAAAAAGAAGUUGAAAUCAUUCACUUCUCGCAUUUUUCACCGGCCGAACCAGUUCCUUCUAUCAAGGUUGGAGAUUGUCCAAUUUCUCUGAGUAAUGAAGUCAAAGACCUCAAGAUCACACUUGUCCUCUAUCACACUUUUCAAACUUACAUCAACAACAGUUGUCGCUCCGCCUCACAUUCUAUUCAUCACAUCGGAAAAAUUAGGAACUUUCUAUCUAGAUCUACUACGGGACGUCUUAUUCAGGCAUUUGUUUCUUCAAAACUGGAUUACUGCAAAAGCAGUCUUCACGGCCUACCCCCUGUUAGCUAGAGAAACUACAACGGUUGCAGAGUACAGCUGCAGGGCAAACUGUUAGAACAAAAAGGUCGGCUCACAUCACUCCAAUCUUAAAGAGUUUGCACUGGCUCCCAUUAAAAGAAAGAAUUAAUUUUAAUAUUCUGGUGGUCACGUACAAAAUCCUCCAUGGCUUUGCCCCAACCUAUUUAAAUGAGCUGUUACUUAACUACAGGCCUGACCGUUUACUACGGUCAAGCGGCUUAAACCUGCUGUCUAUUCCAGAGACUAGAAACGUUACGGUUACCUAUGGCGACAGAUCCUUCUAAGUCAUUGCACCAAAGCUCCGGAAUGACCUACCCAUUACAAUCAAACAGUGCUCCACAAAAUUUGUUUGUGGAUACUGGGGCGUAAAGAGUUUUAAAGCCAUCCUUUUUUGUAUAGGCGAUCACCAAGCGUUAUUCUGGCGUUCUAUAUUCGUACACUUUUGAACCCUUCGGAUACCUUUUUCGGUACGAUGUUGUUCAGUGGUUGGUCAAGUUCUGACAACAAGUCAAAGAUUUCGAACAAGGUAGCAAUAAAUAAUAGCCCUGGGCAUCCCUCCAUCUCCCUCCCGUUCUUAAAGAGAUGGUUAAUGGUAAGAGGCAGCUUGCUCGAGCGGUUAGAGCGCCGGACUUGUAAUCCGGAGGCCCCGACUUCAAGUCCCACCCUUACCGCUACCUGGAUGUGUUUUCGGUAGUCCCGCGUUCAAGCUAAUCCUCGGCCACGCUUGUACAAUAGCCAACUGGUUCGCCUCCUGCCAGUUGGGAUUCUUAGGCAAAAAGCCCGAUAAUGGAAGAGGAUAAGAGUAUUAGUAAUGGUAACAGGACUGAGGGGAGUCCAAUUCGGUCUGUAAUCAUACGAGUGAUUAACAAAAUCGGGAGUCUGAUUUGUUUAAUCACGAGUACGAUUACAGACCGAACUGGACGACAUAAAGUUUUGUUACCAGUUAAUCAUAACUUUAACUAAAUUUAUGAUAUAUAAGGCUCUUUAUAUAAAUCAAAACACAAGAAAUUCCAAGACCUUUUUUUUUGCCAGCAGUGAAAAAAAGCCAUGUAAGCGCGCGCGUGGUGGCGCGUACUGUCCAAUUACUUAGGCAUGACGCGUACUGUCCUAUUAAGGCUGAAAUCAGGGGAGUUGAUAGCCAGUCAGAUUUGAGAAUUUUGUUAUAGUUAUGAUGAUGAUGAUUAAAAAGAUUCUCAUGAAACACUGGAAUAUCAUUCAAUAGCAACCUAAGCUUAAACAUAUCUUAAACCAACCACUAAUUAUCUCCUACAGAAAGGAAAAAUCUCUCAAGGACAUUCCAGUCCACGCGAAAAUUCCUUCAAUCUCGCAACAAUCACAUAAUCAACGAAGCGGUUCAAGCAAACUAGAACUUGGCAAUAUGCAUACGAUUACCUUAACUGACUCCUAAAAACGGCAAUCACGCAUCCAUUCGUUUAUUGCAAAACAACCGGGUUAAUAUAUUUUCAGAUCUCUUAAACCUUUCACUAAUCAUUCUUAUUACGAACGUAGAAGCUGAGGACUCUUUGACUUACUUUAAAAAUUCAUACGUAAAUGAAAUACAAUGAAUAACUGUAAAUUUUGACUCCACUACACAACAUCAACAGACAAAACGUAAUGGCAAAUAAGUUUAUUUUGGGACGGCUUGGCGAGAACCAACCCUACAAAGUAUUUAUGUAAAUACAAUAAUAGGUGAAUACUGGUGAAUACCUAAUGUACAACACUUGUAAACUAGCUUUCACAAAAAGAUAAAACUCGUGCGACAAAUGGUCGCUCUUGACCUGAAUCUCCCAUUUAAGCAGGCAGGCUUAGUGCCAGGUAGGCUGCCAGUCAUUCUGGGGAAACUAAUUAAUAAAACUCAGACAACGCAUAACUGGCACACGGAACACGGUAGUAGCACAGAGGCUAAACAAAAAGAAAAAACUCCUCACAACUGGUUGAUCUCGACCUGAAUCUCCAAAUAAGCACACAGGCUUAGUGCCAGUUAGGCUGCCAGUUAGGCUGGGGAAACUAAUUAAUAAAACUCAGACAACGCAUAACUGGCACGAGGAACACGGUAGGAGCACAGAGGCUAAGCAAAAAGAAAAAACUGCUACAACUGGUCGAUCUCGACCUGAAUCCCACAAAUAACCACACAGGCUUAGUGCCAGUUAGGCUGCCAGUUAGGCUAGAGAAACUAAUUAAUAAAACUCAGACAACGCAUAACUGGCACGAGGAACACGGUAGGAGCACAGAGGCUAAGCAAAAAGAAAAAACUGCUACAACUGGUCGAUCUCGACCUGAAUCCCCCAAAUAAGCACACAGGCUUAGUGCUAGUUAGGCUGCCAAUUAGGCUGGAGAAACUAAUUAAUAAAACUCAGACAACGCACAACUGGCACGAGGAACACGGUAGGAGCACAGAGGCUAAGCAAAAAGAAAAAACUGCUACAACUGGUCGAUCUCGACCUGAAUCCCCCAAAUAAGCACGCAGGCUUAGUGCCAGUUAGGCCGGGGAAAUUUAAUAAAACUGUGAUCAACGUAUAACUGGGACCGGGAACACUUAGGAGCACAGAGGCUGAGUGCCAGGAAAACUGGGAAUUAUCUCCACUAAUGUACCCAACAAGGCACGUAGCCCAAUAACCAGUAAGACUGCCAUAAAAGGCUAGGGCGGGACAUUGAGGGUACACAAUGAAUAACGACCCUGGCUAGAGGUCUGUAACAUUGCCUGCAGCCUAACUGCGUCAAACGAGACUUACGUCGCCUCCUAAAGAGCGGUUCCGGGACAGCUGACCUAAGCAUACAUGGAAACUAAAUAUAUCAAGUAAAGGAGCAGGUGUAAAACUGAGAUAACUAAUGUACAAGUACAUAAAAUAAGAAACGGGAAAAAGGCUGAAAACUAGCAGAGCUGAGCUACCGCUUACAAACUGAAGUAAAUGCGGUCAGACGGAGGCCAGAAAAAACCUGCCCAAAAAAACCCCGAAGGGAAAAAAUGCGGGCAGGAAAUCUGGGUAGGAACCAAGGCUCAAGCUCAAAGCCCUUCCUACGGGACUUUACAAUGUAAUCGAGAAUAUGUUGCUCCUAAAAAUAAAUAAAACAAAAAUUUAAGAAAAACCAAGGAGAGGUUGGUUCGUAAGCCUAGAUGACGAACACGUGAUAUACGCAGCCUUAUAUACCCCCGAUAUGGCUACCCAUGGUGCAUCCGGCCUAGUACCCAGGCCCUGUUGUAUCUCGUGCCGUCAAAAUAUUUAUUUCUGCCUUCUUCGCGGGCUCAUUCGUCAGAAAUAACAUAUUUUGACUCCACUACACAACAUCAACAGACAAAACGUAAUGGCAAAUAAGUUUAUUUUGGGACGGCUUGGCGAGAACCAACCCUACAAAGUACGUAGAGUGACAAAGUAUUGGGCGAAAUGACAAAUGAAAGCUCCUAGAGCCCAAGAAACUUGGAAACUGAAAGCCUUUUUUCUAGGUCAUCAUCGGUAGGCGUCCUUGGCUAGAACGGACUUUCAGCGGCCGAGCCACUGAAACACACUGUCACAAACCCCAUUAUAAGCAGCGAAGGUGGCCCCUCACGAACGCAAGGAAUAUAAACCAAAAGUGGAAGAGUCAACCCCGACAAUUCUCAGGUCCUUGCGAAAAGCCUCUCUAAUUGUGGUAUAGCUGAUAGGCUCGUCCUGGGAAACUAACUAAAAAGAGUUGUUCCCGCGAAACAUGGGGCAAAAAUGAGAUCCCCGGAGCUAAAGGGGAUGGAAAAAAGAGCAAGGUACCUCUUUAGAAGCUUGACAGGACAAGCAGGGCCAAACAUUUCCGAAAAAAUCACUUCGAGUCAUCGUCCUUACAAAGUUGGUCGUUCUUACUUUUGAGAACCUUAAUGAUCAUGAAACCCUCAUGAAAGAAAAUAUAAUACCCCCUAAUUAUGGAGACCUCAUCAAACCUAAAAUCGUUUUGAAAACACACCUAGCCCCUUCCAUAAUCGAGUUAUCCCUGGGAGAGGGGAUACCCGCCAUGGUAUGAACCCAUUUAAUACCAUAAACAUUCGAGUCUACGACGCACGGGGAGUGCGACUCUUCAAUGAGGUGUUGCAAAUACAAGGCAACAUGGCAGGGACUGGCAGGGCAGGCCCAGCAAUGAAGCUUACUGGAAGCAAAACAUUUUUACUUGCGAGUAGCACGAAGGUACACCACUGUCGUACUAACUGCCUUUGAGGAGAGAACCGUCGAUUGCAUUGUAGACUGUCUGUCAGCCUCAGGGUUCAACCCUCUGGUGGAAAAUUCUGGGGCCCGCGCUAGAAACCAGAGCGGAAUAUAUCUGAAAAGUAAUCGAAAAUACAAAAGAAAAUGUGAGGAUCACGCAAUAAAAAAGAAAAAACACCGGAAAAGGGAAGUGGGGGGUCAAAAGGCUACAUGCAAAAACCUAAUGGGUCCAAACCUAAAGGUACGCAUAACACGCGUGUAGAGGCACAGGCAACACUUUCCGUCAGGCGGCGUAGAGCAGAAGCCCGCCAGGGACGAGGGAGGUGUGGGGCGCCGAAAAUAAACUCGAAGCGCUAUGACGCCAAAAAAUAAAGGCCUGGUUCUGAAAAGGGAAUUACGGACCUUCCCUGGAACAAAUAAUCCCUGGAACUUAAGCAAUAAAACCCAGUCCACAACAAAACUAUUCCAAUGCACUCCAUCUCUAGUAGAAACAUUUCAGAAAAUAGCUGACUUCCAUACGUGAGGAAUAAGGGCUCCCGUGAGCGCGCAGAGCCCAAUGUGUCUGAUAUACAUGACUCUGACAAUGAGGCAAACAGGUGGGCCAAGCCAGUUGUUGUCCUAUCCCCAAUUUGAGCGAAGGCAUAAACAGCCUAACAGCCUGGCUGAAAAAAUAAAGAGUUAAGCCAAGGCAACUCGCCGUUGUAACUACAGGCGAACCUGUCAAUAAUGUAAGGACCUAAGAGGUGAUUAAGCCCUAGCAAAACAAAAUCGUUGAGGCCGUAACCAUCGAAGUCAACGAGCUUGCAGAUACAGACCGCACUAGCGUUCAGGUCCCUAGGGAUCCACUUGACCUAGAACGAAAUACAAUGAUGGGAGCAAAUUUGAAAAGCAACUAGGGCUAAAUUCUUUGAGAUCGCAUUUCCUGCUGCCGUCGCGGAGAAUGGAUUCGACGUUCUGGUUGUCAGAAUACCAAAAAACCUUGGAGUUAGAUGAAGGGCUCGCGAAGGCUAGUAAGGCAAGACAAACCGCUUAGAGCUCUCUACAAGUCGAUCUACGAACACUUUCCGACCAAUUCUGAUAAAAAAUCAACUCAGGUUCAGACUCCACUUAAACGCCGCAGGCUGAAUCGGAAGCAUCGGAGAAGCCGGAGCUUACUCUCACUGGAAGCGAACUGGAGCCCCUCGAUAAAUUUUGCCGUAGAGAGGCUAACAUAAUUCGACCAAAAUUCAAUUUCAUACAAAGAAUCAACGGACAGGAAAACCUAGCUAUCCCAGGAAACAGCUGAGUAAACAACUGAGAAAAGAAAUCGGGCCAUAAUGCACGCGACGGAUCCCACGCUACUCGAGAGGGAAAUACUAUGGGCGGCUACACACGGGACGCGUAUAACGUGGACUGUGGUGGACGACUAAUAUGAAGACAAAGCCGCCAGGUCGCGAGACAAUUUAGCAAUGCGUUUAUCCGUGGCUCCAAUACUUCCAUCCAGAAUGUUAUGUUGAGAUGAACGCGAAGCCACUAGAAAAUUCGAACGGGCUCCCACAGGGAGUUUUCCUCAUAGGAAUUCGAACAAAGGGAGACUAAAGCAAGUCGGCAUGGACAGCCCGCAAACUGUAAAUUAAGGCCUGAACGCGAUAGGCUCCUCCUCCUAUAGCUAGACCAUAGUCAAGAAAAAUGGCAAUAGGGAUACCUUGGCUACUUCUAGAUUACUGAAGCGGUUUGAGGGAGGCUGACAAGAACCCAAAGGGAAGCGCGCAAAGUAGAAAAUACCUAAAAACCCAGGUGCCGAGAUCCCAGGUGAACGCAAGGAAAUACUGGUGAUCAGGGAAAAUUAUGAUAACCGCACUAGAGGUAAAAUAUGAAUAAAUAAAAACCCAUAUCAAAAAUAUAAGUGGCCAUGGACAAGUCUUCGCACUUGAAUUUCUGUUAGAAGAAAAAAGUGCAAACGUGCCUAAAAUCCAGGAUUAACCUUUGUUAGCCGGAGCGGCGCGUCAAACAGAAAGCGGGUAAAUGAUAUUGGAAUGCAAAAAUUUUUAAAAGGAGGUUGAGGCUGGGAAGCUCAUUAACAGCUACGGACAAAAAGAACUGUAAACACGUGCAGAGGCAUUGUAGGAUUUGUGAAAAAAAAAAACAUAAAAAGCUGGAAGAAGGGAAUUUGUAACUAAGACUAAAAACAUUCAAAAUGAACAGAGAAACUAGCAAAGUAUGCCAGAAAUAGAUAACUGUGAAAAAUCUUCCCCAAACUGAAGGCAGAAUAGAAAUAUCAACGUUACACUCAGAGCUCUAAACCGCGCCUAAAACUAGCGGGGUGAACGUAAGAAGAAACUGGUAUAAUAUCGAGACAAUCCUGAUCCAUAUUACGGCUUGCCGCCUAAAAAAUUCAGUACUAAAUUAGAAUAGACUGCACCUGAUUGUUGUCCUUCAUCUAGCCAUUUGGGAGUUUGGGAUGUUUGGCUUGUCCAUCGUCGGGUAACAGGAUCGUUUUCCACGGGCAAAACAGGUCCCGACACUGGGUCGUCGAGAAGGCGAAAAUUAAAACAGGAACGUUUGACAUGAGGCUGGGGUUGCAUAUGUGAAGUUGAGGUGGACGCCGGCGUUCCCACUGGCGAGGAUCUGUUUUUGAGUGGUCUUCUUCUUACGGGCCUAGUACGCUACACGGCCGCAAAAUUCUGCACUGUGGAUCCUUUAAAACUAGUUUUCGCUGGCCUUCUUCUUGAACUUACGUGGUUCGUUAUACUUUAGUUUGUUAAUUUCCUUCAUCUGCUGCUCGGCCAAAUAUUCAUUAGCGCGCUUGAUUUGACCAACGGUUUCUGUUAACAAAACUUUAAACGAGUCCAUUAACUGUUUGUUAUUCUCCUCAAUGAGAUCGGACACUUCGUCUUUGCUGACGGAUAUAACGCAAGAAAGAGCCGAUAAGAACGUUAAGAAAAACCAAGGAGAGGUUGGUUCGUAAGCCUAGAUGACGAACACGUGAUAUACGCAGCCUUAUAUACCCCCGAUAUGGCUACCCAUGGUGCAUCCGGCCUAGUACCCAGGCCCUGUUGUAUCUCGUGCCGUCAAAAUAUUUAUUUCUGCCUUCUUCGCGGGCUCAUUCGUCAGAAAUAACAUUUUUUGAGCAUCAUAAGAUAGAAUCUUUCAGGUCAUCUUAAGUAGUCUAUGGAAAAGUUAUCAGUCUCACCUAAUCUCGGUGAAUCUGUCUUUCGGUGUUCUUUCAUUGUAGUGGUUUUUGUUCUAUAAUGAUAUUAUAUUACUUCUAACACGAAUAAGUAAAAUUUCAUCCCCAAAUAUCACAAAAACGCCCCUCCGUCAAGUGAAUCCCAGUUUAGGGGGAUUUGUCGUUGAGAAGCACUUGACUCAGGCGACUUUGUCUUAUUAAAUUCCCCCAUCCCUGGGGGAAAUACUCAACUUUGCUCCCCCAUUUUACAAUCCCCCUGGUUAAUAAUGAUUAUAAUAAUAAUAACAAUAAUAAUAAUGAUAAUAAUAAUCAACUUUAUUUAACGAGGGUAACACGGGACAGUACUUCAACUGAAUAACUAGUGACCCUGAAUAACUAGUGGCUCGGGGGUCUACCCCCGGGGCAAGCCGAUGACAUGUGUAAUACGCUAUGAUACAUACCAUUUUUUAUAUUCCUGUAAACUUUGUUUUCAAUUUACCGCUUUAUGUUACUAGCUAUAUGCACCACACGGGUAAAAAAGAAAUUAAAACAAAAUAAUAAGAAUAAAGUUCCGAAAAAUUUGCUUCAAGGGGAUUCGAACCCGGCUGGUUAGAAUCAGUUAAAACUAAAUGUUAAUGCCUCCAUGCACUGGACCACCUCAGUAGACGCUGACAGUUCGAGUUUAAAAGAGGUAAAUAUUCCUUCUCUAUGGUGAUUGACAGUUUUCAAAGAUGUCUUUUCCGGGUUUUUUUUAAUUUCCGUGUAGAAUCAAAGCUUUAACUGAUCAAAGCUAGACGUAAGGCUCACAAUAAACCCAUUAACACUCUUUCAGGCUUGUUCCAUGCCUGGGAACGUUUAAGAAAUUUAUGAACUAUCGAUCGCUCGGCUACCGACUGAACUGACCGUACGAUUCUCUCCCUGCUCGUAAGCUGUCUUUUCAUCGGUCGGGGAAAACACUGACACAUCAUUGUUCAUCAUUAUUUCCAUUUUUUUAGGUUAGGGUAGCAAACCAUUCGGCUUUUAGGGUUAGAAGAGCUGCUACAUGACACAUCUCCCCUGAAUGAAGAAAAACAAUAUGGCCGCCAAAUACAUCCUUUCAAUUUUUAAAGUUCUCCUCUAUUAACAAACGUUGAACAUUUAUUUCGGUAAACAAACAGUUAAGUUGAAAAAGGAUUUUACAAAAGUCUCAAGAGUAGGUCUCCUUUUCGAUUCUAAUCUGCAAUAUCGGUCAAUUUACGCAACUUUUAAACUUCUGGCUCAGUUUCGUUUGCUUCUGUUUUGAAAACAGAAUAAUAAUUACUCAGGGGUAAUACAGCGUAAAGAUUUGUAGAGAAAAACAAGAAAAACUUGCCAAUCUAUGGCGAAAAAUGUACUUUAAAAACAAACUAAAACAUUCAAAACGUUCUGAGCAAGUGACUGAUGACGUCCUUUCCCUCUAUUGGUAAUAAAAAAAUUUAUCAGGUAGAACAUUACUUUCCUGCAAAUUUUCUCUGCCGUGUGACGAAAUGUCGGCCUGAAAUGUCAACUCUCUGCAGCCCUCGGCCUAGUCUCCUGACUUUUUCGCUGAUGUUCAUUGCCUUCUUAAAUUUGAAAUGCCGGACGUCAACUGGUUGUUUUUAAAUGCCCCAAGCAAGUAAAACCUCAAAUAUGCUAUUUGUCUUUAACUCGUUAAUGAAAUCUUGUCAUAGCAACAAAAAAACGUAAUUCGGAAAUAGUCACGUGACUGACGACGUCAUUACCUUAGAUGUGACAUGGAAAGAUAUCUUAUGCAAAUGUUAUCUUGUUGUGGUCUGACAUUCUUCUACGUAUAAAAUUGUCAAAGUUAUAAAACUUUUAAGAAAAAUUACCUCAAAGGAUCGUGGGAUAAUAAUUAUGAUAAUUAUAAUUUACUUUUAUAAUUAUUAUUAUUAUUAUUAACUACAACAUCAGAGAAUAACCAGCAUCAAACAGUUACCCUACUUUUUCACAAUUGGAAAAAGUCAGAAACGCGCGCAAAAUCUGAUCUUUUGAAUUCUAAAUCAAUUAUACCGUUUUCUUUAUGAAUGUUAUAAAUGUCUUAAGGCUAAAAAAAUAUGUGGGGAAGCUCGAGAAUAUAAUUAUCGGUAUCAUUACUCAGGCUAAGUGACAGUUUUAUCCACUCCUUGCUAAAUAUGAGCUAGGGUAAAGGAGUCUCCAUUUUAAAAGGUAGGGGUUGGUUGGAUAUUGUAGUUUCGUAGUCUGACUUUCCCAGUAGACUAAUGAAUGCACGAAAAAAACAUAUUGCGAUAGGCGAAUUUUUUUGUCUACAUUUUUUGCCUUUCAUUCUCUGGUCAAGCUACUACUAAACUCUCUGAAUAUCGAAAGAUCAUAACAAUAAUUUCAGUUAUCUAUGAAACUUUUGAGCCUGAUAUACAUAACAUUUUCGGAGAAAUUAUCUUUGAAAAGCUCGAAACCUCACAAACAACGUAUGCCCUUAUUAAUGUUUUUGCCACCCAGCAAUUUCGCAGUUUUCGGUGGCUGCUAUUUCCUUUGUUAUUGAAAUAGCUGAAAAUUGCGCAAAUUGUUCUUGAAUUUGAUUUGUGCAUAGCCAUACAGUGACCCCUUUUAUGGGUUGAGUCGUAUGCUAAUGAGCAAAAGUGUAAACAAUGACCUUAGCGAAGAUUCAAUAAAUGUACCUGGGUUAAGAACAGUAUUGACAGAUUUUUAUGUGUCAUAUCAACAUGCAAUUAUUUCCUCCAAGAAACAAUGAUAAGAGCCUUCAGUCCAGGCUCAAAAGGACACUCCGAGUUUCUCCUAGCUUCUUUCCUAAAAGGAGGGUAUGUGCAAAGCCUUUGAUAUGAAAAUUGAAAAUUAUUUUUUUCAUUUUCAUGGACAUAAAACUAAUUUUCCAUGAAAAUACACAUGAAAGGUUUUGUUCACGCCAUUGCUGACUUAGUCAUCACAGUAUCUUCAAAUAUUUUAAUUAUUUUUAGAGUUUUUGUAUUUUAAAAUCGAUUGCUGUAGUUAAAUAUCACUAGUCACAUUGUAAACUCCUUGCAUUUCACAGUUCGUUUUGUAUAUUUAAUGUAGUUCCUUUUAUUGUAAAGCGCAUUAGAUGAUGUUCAUUUGUAUUUUGCGCCUUAAUUUAUUAAUAAUUUAUUAUUAUUAUUAUUAUUAUUAUUAUUGAAUUAUCGCUUGGCCUCGUUUUGAAAGUGAGGGUUCUCGCAUCUCGGAAAUGGCGUAUUUCAACUCAAAAUUUAAGGUCCUUUUGUAGCCUCCUUAGCUGGCAAGAUUAGCGGAAGAGUGCUGUUCGUUUUUGGCGGCCCUCGCGGCUGGGCCGCCAAGAAAGUACCCCGCGCAUAAAGAAAAUACACCGUGCCUAACAAUCCCGCCAGCUACGCAGGCUAGUUAUUUUGUAAAAUAAAUGUGCUGAAAGUUUCACUCUUACACAUGCCUCUCUUUUUUGCAGAUAAAGCUUGUAACAGAGGCUAUCAAGCUUGAUGAGGAUGCCAAGCUUAAGGAAGCUGCUGAGUUGUACUGCGAGGCCAUGGCUUUCUUUUUACCCGCCAUUGAGUGUAAGUUAUAUAUUCCUGACAGAGCCGUUUCUUUGAAAGGAGCCAAAUCACGGUAUUUUAUUGACUUUUCAUAUUUUUGUUAACCUAACUAAGAGCACUCAACUGCAAAUUGAAAAAAAAAAUCAUCGAAAGUUUUUAAUUGACGAAAUCAUCGCAACAUAACAGAUACAGAUUACUCCUUAGCAUUGGAAGUCAUAGCUUUAAACAAUCGGAGAUUAUAUUGAGAAAAGGGGAGCGGCUAUUUUAAGUUAUCGUUAGCGCAAUUUUACGUUAAAAAAGCAAAGAAUGGACGAAGUAAAUAUCUUACAUUUGUUCAUUGUAUUACAUUACAUGUAUGUCUCUUUCUGGUCGUAUGAUUUUUAUCUAGUGGAUGAUACUCACCUAGCUUACGCAGGAGACAAUGUAGGCAACACGGAAUCUGAUGCCUCGCUUUUCUCUUCGAGAGGAGCGCAAAACGCGAGUGACUGGUUGACGAAUCGCAAGGGACCAUGGGAAGGUGAAAGAAGACAGGCCGUUUCCUCCUUCCCGCCCUUCUUAGCGCGCGAACUGGAUAAUGUUGAAAUCAUGAUCUAGCAAAUGCCAACAACUGGGCCAAGUUGUUCGAAGACUGAUUAGCUCGAUUAACCGGGAUUCUUCAACAUUUUUUUUCCAAAAGCAUUCUCCUUGUUAAUUUGUAACAGCAUCUUAUCAUCAAAUUUUAGACAUAUUUGAACAGAGAACGGAAGUGAUGACGUCUCAAAAACUAAGUUUCUGAAAUUAUGGGAUGGCUUGGCAUAUCCUGAAAGAACAAGAGGAAAAAUGUUCACUUAAUUGUUAAAAAUGAGCCUGUUGAUUCAAAUUGGUGGGGAGAUUUCUGUACCGUUAUGCUCCAAUGACUCCAUAUAAAUCCUUCUAAAAUAAGGCUGGAUCUUAAGCGUUACUUAUAGAAGUUACGAUCCAAACCAGUACAUACUGAAAAUUUAGCCGCGCCAAUUAUGAUUUGUCGUUAAAUGUCGUUAAACCGUAAUUUUUAUAUCACAACUAAAAGAUUCCCGACCUUUUGCAGCGUAGUUGUAGACAAUAUUGGAGCACAUAUUUUGUAGUUUUGUACUUUGGCUGUCUUAUUUAGCCGAUUGUUCCGACUCAUUAAGACCUGUGAACUGCGACAGGGUGGGCUGUAGGCCACUGUUGAGUCGUUAACGGUCAGUCCGCAGUUUGAAAGCUUCGUGGUAAUCUAACUUUGGAAGGGCAUGGAAAGUGCCGUACUCGAGGUUGUGGGUGGGAAUCUUGACUAACUUAUCUCCAGCAGAAACUUGGGCGGUGGCGAGCACCAGCAGAGUCAAAGAAAGCAAAAUGUUCGUCUUCAUCGCCGAAAUCUGGAAGAGAUUAAACCAUCAUCACUUCCGUAAUCAUUAUCUUUUUAUACAAUAUAGUGAAUGCUACGCGCGCUGUGAUUGGCCGUUGCCCAUGAUAUAUUAGAGUACAGACACACGGAUGACGUCAUGGGGAACUGGUUUUCUUUGUCUCGUUUCUUACAAAGUGAAAGCCUCGAAAAACGUCCAGCAGGAGCUGUUUCAUCAUGAUCAUGAUCCUUUGGUUUCAUCAACAUCAUUAUCCUUCGGCUGCAGAGCAGUCGACCACACGUUUCCUCCUUCGAUGGCUGUCUUGAGCCAUUUGCAACAGCUGAUUGUUAUUUAGCAAACUAUCAGCAUCCCCCAGAAUAUAAAUGAAUAUAAUUGGUGAACGGGGUUCGCUGUCUUCCGGGUGUACUCCGAUGAAUAAGAACAUAAAUUGCAAAUUCUCUGACUGGCUCCGUUUCAAGCAAGCGGAGCACAUGACCAAGGAGCCUCAAUUGCCGAAGCCUGACUCUUUUAAUAAAGGGAGCUGUUUCCGUGAGGCUGUAGAUGAUACCAUUUGGUACCCUGUUGAUUCCGCUCGAUGUUCAACAUGAUCCGAUAGCAGGACGUGCCAAAGAACUGAUCUUGUUCUCCAUGGCCUUAAGAGAUGACCCGUGACUCGCAGCUAUAUAGUAAUACUGUAAUACAGGUUGUUUUGAACACUUUCACCUUGUUGGAGAUAGGCAUGAAGGGGCUUUUCCAUAGACGCUAUAAUAGGAGCUGUUUACGAGUAAGAAAGACGGAGAAACCGAAACAAAAAGAGCUCUUGGCGACUUAAAAAUGCCUAAACUAGAAGAAAUUUUUGCAACAGUUACCAUCGUGUGUGAUCGCUACGGGACAGAGUUUUCAAAAUGUUUGGGAGGUACUGUCUGUGUGUAAGGUAAAGAAGAAAAGAAGAAGCAGAGACGAAACGUAGUGUUUGUGACCUGCGAAAUACCUGAACUGGCACAAAUCCUCGAACAGUCAAGCGGCACGAGGCAAGUUUCUCGUUUUCUUUUUCUAUUCAUUAUAUAAAACGAAUAGAUUCCGCCAUGUUGCGGUACGUCGUUUAGUAAUAGAUCACAAAAGACGUCAAAAUGUGAUGCUGAAAAACAUCGGUGCCACUUUUUUGUCCUUCCCACGUUUUGACGUCAUCUAUGAUCUAUUACUGAAAAGACGCUCGGCAACAUGGAACCAAUUUGUUAAGUCAUUAUCAUUAUUUAUCAUAGAUGAGUAUUCACUUGUUUUCCGAAAAUGACUCGGUUGUGCUAACAGUGAACUCUCAUAACUCCUACAAGCUAGGCUGGAGACUUCAACCAAAACCACUAUAACUUCCUCCCACCUAUUUCUCCGUGCUUUAUGUCAGUGAAAUGCAUUUGCCACAAGUUACAAUGGACCUUUUCGGCAUUCUUGCGGCCUUUUUUAUAUUUUUCUAUUCUGGAGCGUUUAGGGGGGCAAACGAAAGCAGAGAUGAUGGUUUCUCAGUGACGCAGCAAUAUAGAAUGGAAAGCUUGUAAUUGACUUCGCUUUUACAUAGUAUUUGGCUGGCUUGCAAAUAGUGAAGAGUUAAUCACGGCAAGUCAGACUCUACACAAGAUAGUUUUCCAACAUAAAUAUAGAUAUUUUUUGUUCAGUGCAUACUAGUACAUACAACUACAACAUAUGUACGCAUUAUACUUUGUAUUUUUUAAAUGUUUAGAAAGAAGAAAGAUUAAGAAGGAAACAGUUAAAGCAAAAAAGCAGCAUGUAAAGAGGAAAGCUAUAAACGGUACUUAAUUGAAUUUUUCAUUUUAUCAAUUAGCGUAUCUACUACAACAUAAGAGUUUUCAGUUUCUAAAAUGUCGAUUAGUUUUUCUUUACUAGAUUUUGACAGAGUUUGUGAGUAAGCUUUCAAGACUAAAAAGAAAGAAAAAGAAAUUGUAGAAUACUGAUCCAACUUAAAUUAUAGUUAGAAGGACCUAGUUUUUGAGCCAACAUGUAUCUGGCAUGACGCACUGAUUACGAUCGAGAAGAAGCCUUUUUUUUGACAACUCAUGGCUUAAAGCAGGUGUCAGAUAAUGUCAAAGACUUUCUUGAUAAGGCUUCCAGAUUUAUUAGCUUACAUGACUUCUUGAGUAUGUUAAAGUUGUAUCUACUCUAACAAGGUAUCAAAAAAGUAUGUUCGCCUAUCAACGGUAACGACCAAACCAAAGACGCAACUAAAACUCUUCUAUCCCACACAAAAUUCUGCAAAAAAGCUCAUGAGCGCCUCUUUGAAAAACAAAAGGCUUUAAAAUCACCAUAGUUUUGGCAGUUUGUGAGUAUAUGUCAUGUGCCAAAUCAUGACAAGCUCACAAGCUGAAACCUGGCAAGUGAAAAAUAUACUGAUGAAAGAUUUUGACUGACAGGUAAAAUUUGACGUUUUCGCGGUUUCCAUGGCAAUAUGAACGAUUGAAUACAACCUUAAAAUUUCACUUUUGCUCAGUUUACAUAAAAAUUCGCUCGUUAGAUUUUCCUAUAAACUUGAACACAGCUUACUAUCAUUAAUCAUUACCAUUUGAAACUUAUUUGACUAAAUUUUAACAGACGGGUUUUAUAUAAUCAAUAAUUUCAUUGUAGCGUAAUUAUCAUUAAAUGUGUCAAAAUUCGUCUGUUCAACUUCCAUUUUAAAGUUCCCAUACGAUAAAAGUAAAAAUUCUGCCAAAUAUCGCAAAAUGUUUAAUGAAUCAAUUCUGUGUACCAUUGCUUUUUCGCCGCCAUGUUUGUUUGUCUAAUUUAAAACACGCGCCGUCACGCGUGUUACCGCUGACCGCCCGCCAAACUGUGUUUAGCCACCUUAAGAGUCAAGGUAUAAUGAUCAGCUGAGGACUCAAUAGGAAACGAGACGUAGGGUCGGUAGGAGAGAACCCUGGGAACGAGGUUGAUACGUUGUUUGAAUCUUGAACAUUGGGAUGUUUUGUUUUAAGUAAACGCAUCCGCCCGUAAUCUAGAAUUUGCCUUUAUGUUCCCCCCGUCACCUUAUUGCUGCUUUUAAUGUUUUUAUGACUAUCUCUAGCAAUAUCUUCAGCUAGUAACUUCCCUUUCCCUUCAAGAAACUUUUCUACUGCAGGCAUUUUGAAAACACCAAAGCAAAAAAUGCAGCAUUAUAAUUCGGGUCGCAAGAUUGGUUUUCAUGGGUAAAAUGACUUUUAAAAAUUGAAAAAUCGAUAAAAAAUAUCGGUAUGGUUUCCGAAAACCUGUAUCGAAACACCUUAACGACGAGUAGUAUCCUCGUUUGUCCCAAUAUUUCAUAAAUUUCUCCAAACGAUGGCCACGUUAAGUCAUGGCUGAUAGUUAAGUAAACUUCUUCGCAGGAAAGGAUUACAUUAAUAAUUUACGUAA